CCUUGGAUUUAUUUUAUCAGCCAACUGAAAGGACCAGAGUGAGUAGAAAGUUUAUGAUUGUUAUUCAGGGUGAUCUGUGCCCUGAACACCUCACUUCAUUAGCCUGUCAAUAGUCCUUUCUUCGGCAAUCGAUCCACAAGUGGGUGUGCAAACCCUCCUUGCAUGAAUUUCAGCCAAAAAGGAAUGCACAACUAGAUGCUUUCAAACACUGGCAAAAUUUGUUUUGGGGUCAAGAAAAGCCCCAAGGAAUUUAGACAAGCAAAGCAAUAGUAUGGUAACUCAGAUGUUACAGAACAAAUAAGAUAUGUCUGGGAUAUUACACCUAAAUUAUUGCUGUAGCUAACCAAUUAACAUAAAAUAAAAUAAAAAUCAGACAGUACACAGAGAAAAAAGCAAGAUGUUUCAUAGCCUUGAUUAUUGCUAUUGCAGCUGUACUGCUCAGCUGGCAACCUUCAUCACAGAUGGUGGACUAUGACAGGAAUCUUCACUUCAGUGCCUUGUUUGUGGAUGGCGGCAUCUCCUAUAAUCCCUAACUAAGAUCUCACAGGGCCAUUAGGCAGCGUCUUUUCAGGUUUCAGAUAGAUCUCUCCCAACACAACACCCCCACUCCCCCCAAGUUGGCCUAGCCGCCCCCCCCCCUGCCCUCUAGUUCACAUGGCAACCAGAACUAUAAUCAGCCUACCAUUCACCCUGGGUUAACUUUCAGUUGGCCAAUCUUCACACAAGGUUCAUUACACUACUUCUCAUACCCCUUGGAGAGGGAGUGGAAAGUAAAAUUAUGAUGUAGUUGAAUUACAGGAUCCCGCUGAAUUUGCAUUAUUUUCGUACGCACAUGACAGUUCAAAUCACAGUUCACAUUCUUCCCCAUAACAACCAUGGAUCUAGCAGUUUGCUGUGGUGCCAAAACAUGGACCUGGAGCUCAUCAGAAUGGUUUCUCAAUGGAAAUGGUCCAAAUCCAAAUUAUGAGUCACAUCCGUAUUCACAAAAUGUGCUCCCAAAAUCACAGACCCAUGACUUCAUGUCUCCAUCAGAGUGCUAAACCAAGGAUCCUAGACCCUCAUGGUUUCUCCCUGGAGGCUUCCCAAAUCAGCCAUCACUAUACAUGGAUCUAGUCCUUAUGUUACCAUCACAAAACAAGAAUGUAGAUCCAGGGCAAUUCCUCUUUCUUUCUUAUUUUAAAAUUGUUACACCAUAAAAGUGUACCAUCUAUUCAUAGCUCAAGCCCAUCCACACAGAUUUCACUGUAAAAAUUACAGCUCCAUCACAGUGUCGUCUGGGCAGCCCAGGACCACCUCCAUACACACUGCCCAGGCUUGUGCCCCAGGGAGGUUUAACUUCACCCCAGAGGCAGCACACUCUCAAGACAGAAGGAUGCCAACAAUACAACAAGCACAGUGGCACAAUCACAUGUAUCUGAGACAUGGCUCUCUCAUAGAUGAUCGGAGCUCAUAUCUGUGUGCACAGAGUGGAGACUAAAUUUGAGGAUCAAGAAGUAAACCAGGACCAGAUGACAAAACAGUAGGAAGAAACAUCAAAAGUCAUGACUAAACAAUAAUCAAGCAUACAGGAACAAACCAGAGCUCAGGAAGACCUUGUUGCUCAACAAGAUUUAAUUGCAACAGAAGGUUAUAACUCAUUCCUUCCCUGGAUGAUCCAAUGGGAAGCAUGGGUGGAUGAAGUAAGUCCAGUGCUAGAAGGUUCUUAAUUAAGAAGGCUGCAGCAAUUGCAACAUGCAGUUUAGUGAUCCACCACAUGGGUCAAAGGAACAAGAGCAUUCAGGCAACAACACCAGCUGCAGAAGAUCAGCCUAGCCACUUUGUUCUGACAUUGAAGAAGAACUAAUUUCCUUUCUAUUCCGUUUACUUCCAUUUACCUUGUGUGUUCUUUUAGUUUCUAGUCCUGAUAACAGCUCUAGCUCUUGUUAAAAUUGAUGUCAGCCGCUUUGGGUGACAAUAACAGUCUAAAAAGUUGCAUAAAACAACAAAUAUAUCAAUACGAGACACCUGCAUACAAGUCUAGCAGCAUCUGAUAUGCUGAUGUAAACAGCCUGCUUUUCCACAAUGGGGAGUGAUGCAGCAAGUAAGUUCAGGUGCACUGGUCAGAACUCUGCUCAGUGCUGUUGCUAUAGGCAGCCAUCCCACAAACAAGCUGGUCCCCACUAAGUAUGCAAGGUGGCCCAUUGAGGGCAGCUUGCCUAAAGUUUCCCCAAAUCUGGAGUAGGGACUGAUAACCUAUGAAUCUGGUUCAUACUUUAGCAUCACACCACAAGUUUAUAAUGCAUUUCAUAGACAUGAAUAUGAUUUGUGGUUUGAUGGCAGAUAGGGCGGAAUUCUAUGGGAGGAGGGGAAUAAGGAUCAAUAAGGGUCUGCGCCCUUGAUCUUUGUUAUCUACAACAAUGCUAGAUCUACAAAAAGCAAAGGAAGCUGUCUUAGUCCAUUACAACAAUCCAGUUAGGUAAUACAGUACCUGGUUGGGACUGGCCCAAAUAUUAUCAGAAUUACCAGGCUGGAUAUUAGGGAAAUCUAGAGCUGUGGUUUUUAUGUUGGAGUCCAUAGAAAUGGAUGCAAGCAGUGAUUUGAUAGUUGCUUUGGGAACAUUCCAUGUGUUAUGCUAUUCUGGCCAUGAAGUGCUGAAUCCCUUAUAUUUUACAGUAGUUUGUGGAUGAAUGAAAGCUGUGAUUUAACAACAAAUUUGGCAUUUGGGGAACCUUUGCAUGUUAACUUUAAUAAUGAAGAUCCAUGCUUUUAUGUCACAGGAGCAUCACAAAGCACUGGAUUUCUAUACUGCAGUCAACAGAUAUAGAUGUGAGCUGUAAUCUGGUAGUAGAUUUGCGGGGAGGGCUUCCACACAAAAAUGCUAAGGUCCGAUCGGUAUAAAUCUUGCAUUUCUCCCCCCUGAAAGUGCAUAUUACCACAUGCUUUUUCCCCCAGAAAGAAUGAUUCAUUGAAAGACGAUUUUUCUGAAUAAAUUUGCCGACACCUCUGCUGCAAAGUUAUUCUGUACGAUACGUUAAUUUCUCCCAUUAUACAUACAAGCAUACAAGGAGAUUCAAAACGGCCGCAACGGAGCCUGCUUUUCCGUCCGUGCAGUCUCUGCCUGCCUCAGAUUAUUCACCUGCUGCCAUGUCAUCAGUUCCUUCCUGACGGUAAAACGAGGCAAAAAAAAAAGGGGGGGGGGAAGCCACAUAAUAUCUGUUUAAAUUAUAUAUACUUUAAAAAGCGGCAAGUUUCACAUUUUGACGCCGUGUGGGUUCCUUAGCCCGGUUUCUAUUGCGGCGCUUGGAGCAGCCCGCGAAGCAAAAGGCUCUCCAGCCGGACCUGCGACUGGAGAGGGAAACGGGGCGCAGGAUUCGGCCGCUGCUCCGCGUGGCGUCCGCCAGGCAGUAACCCUGCGGGGCCGCGCGCACGCUGCGUGUGUGUAUACACGUGUGUUUACACAUUGGGCCAUGUGAACGUGCCAGCUGCUGCCCCUUCCCUUGUCUCGGGGGGCCGUCGCGGAGCAGCGACAUUCGGGAGGCUUCUCUUCCCCGUCCCUUGCGAGCCCUCAGCCCCGCCGCGAGACCCAAGCUCCCCGGCCAGGCCCUCCGCGACGCUCCGGAGAGACAGGCGGGCGACCGACGAAAUGGGGUCCUGCGUCUUUAAGAGCCCCUUUGUCUCUGAAACAUCCUUAUUUACCCUCCUGUGAUUCAACCAAACUUAACCCCCCUCUUCCUCCCCCCGCGAUUCACAAAGCCCACGGAUGUCACAGCUCCGGGGGCGGAGCUAACGUAUUCCCCGGACCCUCCUUCCGAGACUCCGCUUCUGGUUUUUAUAGGAUUUGGUUAGCUUCCGCAAGUGCCGUAAACUAGCAGUUCGGGGGAACAAGAGACGGCAAACGCGUCUGCUUUGGCUGCCACGCCGUUAGGGACGAACUGUUCCGAAGAAUCUUCGGAUUCUCGGGAAAACUAAAAACAACAACAACAACCACCCCACACAAUCUGACGCGUCACUAGCGUAAAUCAGUGAGAGGGUUCCCGCUCUUUCGUGUUACGUAGAUGACGCCGAGAAGAAAAGGAACCGUCCAAGAAAACUUUCGGGAGCCCCCUUGCGCAGGUAGCGUAAACGUGCUCGCUGAAUGGCGACUCGUCGUAGGGCGGCCCAAGCCGGGAGUGGGAAGGAAAUAGUGUCUGGCGGGCGGUUGAGCCAACGGCAGCGCGGGGCGGGGCGAGCUCGGCGGCCAAUGGCGGCCGGGGGGGCGUGUCAGGUACCGGUUGGGGUGUCUCGCGCUUGGUGACAGCUCGCGCGUGCUGAUGAUGGCGGUAAAUAAAGGGGCCGGAGGGGGGGAGGGGGCUUUACCCCCUUGGGGGCUCAAACCCUAAAUGUGGGGGAAGUGAAAGACCCACAGCUGGGGUGGAGAGGGGUGCUUCAUCCGCGGCCCAGGGAGGCUGAGGGUAGAGGGGGGGCUUGACCCCCGAUUUGGGGUGGGAGGUUUGAGGGGGCUCCACCCCUUUGGGGCUCAAAUUCCAUAUUGGGGGUGGGGGUUGUGCUGCUUUAAGCCCCUCCUUCCUGUUUGGAGAGAAUUUCGCCUCCCCGCCUGGCCAGGCCGACGGAGGGGAAGAGGUCUUGACCCCUAAGCAGGAGAGGGGCUGGAGGAGGAAUGCCCCCCCCCCCGCCAGAUGGGAGGUUGCGCGCCCCGAAGGGGAGGCGGGCAUGGACCUCCUCUUGGGGAAAGAGGUCCAGGGAGCUUGCCCUGCGUGAGGGCAGAAAAGGGCACCAACCUCACCAACUGGGGGGGGGGGGAGCGGCUAUGACAGGAUUUGCCGCCUGUGGCUGAACAGGCAAAGGCAGCAGCCAACUAGCUGGUUUUUUAAAUGCUCAAGCCAGACUGCCUUGGUUGGAGAGACACGGGGUUCUUGUACAAUCUGAGCGCCAGGGGUAUAUGUUGGACAGGGGGAACCUGAAGGCUCAGGCAGAGAAACAAAAGCGAAAAGAAACCCGAGGGUUGGGAGGACUGAGUCAAGAACAAUUUAGAAAUUAAAGUUGUAGGGACCCUCAAAGGAGGCAUUGGAAGGGGAGAGAGGAAAUUAAGGGCUGGUGUGUAUGGUAUAGCUGCUGAGAUCUAAGACAAGAAGCUCCCCAUUUUAAUGCUUGUGAAACGAAUAGGGCCCUUAAUGGCUAGAAAGCAGCAGCAAGAGAGUUAGAAGUUUGAGUUUGAGGAUGCCAGACUUGGAACAAGGAUUGUAGUGAGGAAUAUUACAUUGUUGCGGGUGCUAGCACAGGCAACGUGGAAGAGAGCUAAAAUAACGAUGGGCAAGCAGGGUGGUGCACGUUGGUAUUGCUAAGCUGUGAGCAGUUCUUUGUUUGCUGGAAGAUGCUUAGGUGGUUCACUUCAAGUGUGAUGUUUCUAACUUCUUUUUUCAGAGCAUUGUGCUCUGACUCGCAUUGAUCUAUUAUCACUUAAUCCCACAGGGUUUCCUUCCCUCUGCUCCAAGUUAAGAACAUUAGUAUGAAAUCGGUUUGAGAGAAAGCAUUGUACUAAAGUACUUUGGAACUCAUUUCUGUUGUUGGUUUGAUUAUAUGUGUAGCAGUGCUGAAGAAGUUGUUCCAGGGAUGGAACCAUAUGAUGGAACUUGGGUGUCCCUGGAGUUAAUGCAAAUGAGAACACUUAGCCUUACAGGAUGCUUCCAGCUUUCGUAAUAACUCAUUUGCAAAUGCUGUUUGUCACACAGCAACUAUGCUAUUGAAGUCAGUGCUGUUAUGCUGCCCUUGUAUGAAAAAAGAAUGGGAUUCUGAAGAUAAUGAUUUUCGUGUAGUGCUGUUUUCUCCCCUUUUAUAAAUAAAUUGUAUAUAUUACCACAUUAAAGUUAAAGGAAGGUUUUACAUGCUUUAAAAAGCAUUUUUAUUGAACACAUCAGCACAUGUGAAAGAAUGUUAAAAGUCUGUUUUAUGUUACAUUAACUAGUUUUUUUGCCAGAUGAGCAUGAUCUUGUAGGGGGAAAGCAGCUAGUGAGGAGCUGUGUGUUUCAUGCAUACUUAAAGAUUGUAGUGUUAAGCCUGACGUUCUUGCUAUUUCAGAAUGUGUUGGUUCUUUGAUCUUUGAGAGAAGGAAGUAAGACUUUUUGUUUACUUCAUCAAAGUUUUCCAUUUUUCUACUCCCCCCCCCCAUUGUUAGUGGAAAAAGGGGUAGGGCUAAGCAUUAACUUUAAACUAGGUGGUUUGUUAAAUGAUGUCAAAAAAAUAAGAGAUGUCAAGUCAGGCAUCUCUAGUUCCUUUCAAUGUUCCUAAGGCUUUUGAGAAGCCUUGUGUUUUUCUUUGGUUGUGUUAAGCCCAAUUUUAUUGUGAAGAAACAAGUUUUAUCCCUCCCCCAAUAAAGCAAGUUUUAAUUUCAUGCUGAAAUACUGGAAACUUUAAACACACACCAAAUUAAUAAUAUUUGUCAACGAAAUUUUUAAUUCCUGUUUGAAAUCUAUUUUCUCCAGUUUAUUUAGAACUGAAACAUUUGUAGGAUAUAGGUAGGAAAAUGUUUUAUUUCUAAAUAAAGUGCAGAAUAUGAAUGUACCAUGUUUUUAAUGAUACAUGUUUCUUCCUUGCCCCUUUACUAAUCUGUAAAAAAAUAAAUAAAUCUAGAUAGUCUUUUAAAAGGCGUUAACAGUAAAUACAUUUUAAUAUAAUUUCAACGUAAUCAAAUUUAAGUUUAGUUCUAUCCCUUGUUGUUGUUUAGUCGUUUAGUCGUGUCCAACUCUUCGUGACCCCAUGGACAAGAGCACGUCAGGCACUUCUGUCCUCCACUGUCUCCCGCAGUUUGGUCAGACUCAUGUUUGUAGCUUCGAGAACACUGUCCAACCAUCUCGUCCUCUGUCGUCCCCUUCUCCUUGUGCCCUCAAUCUUUCCCAAUAUCAGGGUCUUUUCCAGGGAGUCUUCUCUUCUCAUGAGGUGGCCAAAGUAUUGGAGCCUCAGCUUCACGAUCUGUCCUUCCAGUGAGCACUCAGGGCUAAUUUCCUUAAGAAUGGAUGCGUUUGAUCUUCUUGCAAUCCAUGCGACUCUCAAGAGUCUCCUCCAGCACCAUAAUUCAAAAGCAUCAAUUCUUCGGCGAUCAGCCUUCUUGAUGGUCCAGCUCUCACUUCCAUACAUCACUACUGGGAAAACCAUGGCUUUAACUAUGCGGACCUUUGUUGGCAAGGUGAUGUCUCUGCUUUUUAAGAUGCUGUCUAGGUUUGCCAUCGCCUUUCUCCCAAGGAGCAGGUGUCUUUUAAUUUCGUGACUGCUGUCACCAUCUGCAGUGAUCAUGGAGCCCAAGAAAGUAAAAUCUCUCACUGCCUCCAUUUCUUCCCCUUCUAUUUGCCAGGAGGUGAUGGGCCCAGUGGCCAUGAUCUUCUUUUUUUGAUGUUGAGCUUCAGACCAUAUUUUGCGCUCUCCUCUUUCACCCUCAUUAAAAGGUUCUUUAAUUCCUCCUCACUUUCUGCCAUCAAUGUUGUGUCAUCUGCAUAUCUGAGGUUGUUGAUAUUUUUUCCGGCAAUCUUAAUUCCGGCUUGGGAUUCAUCCAGCCCAGCCUUUCGCAUGAUGAAUUCUGCAUAUAAGUUAAAUAAGCAGGAGACAAUAUACAGCCUUGCCGUACUCCUUUCCCAAUUUUGAACCAAUCAGUUGUUCCAUAUCCAGUUCUAACUGUAGCUUCUUGUCCCACAUAGAGAUUUCUCAGGAGACAGAUGAGGUGAUCAGGCACUCCCAUUUCUUUAAGAACUAGCCAUAGUUUGCUGUGGUCGACACAGUCAAAGGCUUUUGCAUAGUCAAUGAAGCAAAAGUAGAUGUCUUUCUGGAACUCUCUAGCUUUCUCCAUAAUCCAGCGCAUGUUUGCAAUUUGGUCUCUGGUUCCUCUGCCUCUUCUAAAUCCAGCUUGCACUUCUGGGAGUUCUCGGUCCAUAUACUGCUUGAGCCUUCCUUGUAGAAUUUUAAGCAUAACCUUGCUAGCGUGUGAAAUGAGUGCAAUUGUGCGGUAGUUGGAGCAUUCUUUGGCACUGCCCUUCUUUGGGAUUGGGAUGUAGACUGAUCUUCUCCAAUCCUCUGGCCACUGCUGAGUUUUCCAAACUUGCUGGCAUAUUGAGUGUAACACCUUAACAGCAUCAUCUUUUAAAAUUUUAAGUAGUUCAGCUGGAAUACCAUCACUUCCACUGGCCUUGUUAUUUGCAGUGCUUUCUAAGGCCCAUUUGACUUCACUCUCCAGGAUUUCUGGCUCAAGGUCAGCAACCACACUACCUGGGGUGUACGAGCCAUCCAUAUCUUUCUGGUAUAAUUCCUCUGUAUAUUCUUGUCACCUCUUCUUGAUGUCUUCUGCUUCUGUUAGGUCCUCACCACUUUUGUCCUUUAUUAUGGUAAUCUUUGUACGAAAUGUCCCUUUCAUAUCUCCAAUUUUCUUGUACAGAUCUCUGGUUCUUCCCAUUCUGUUGUUUUUCUCUAUUUCUUUGCAUUGCUCGUUUAAGAAGGUCUUCUUGUCUCUCCUUGCUAUUUUUUGGAAAUCUGCAUUCAGUUUCCUGUAUCUUUCACUAUCUCCCUCGCAUUUUGCUUGCCUUCUCUCCUCCGCUAUUUGUAAGGCCUCGUUGGACAGCCACUUUGCUUUCUUGCAUUUCCUUUUCAUUGGGAUGGUUUUCGUUGCUGCCUCCUGUAUAAUGUUGCGAGCCUCCAUCCAUAGUUCUUCAGGCACUCUGUCCACCAAAUCUAAAUCCUUAAACCUGUUCCUCACUUCCACUGUGUAUUCAUAAGGGAUUUGACUUAGAUUGUAUCUUACUGGCCCAGUGGUUUUUCCUACUUUCUUCAGUUUAAGCUUGAAUUUUGCUAUAAGAAGCUGAUGAUCUGAGCCACAGUCAGCUCCUGGUCUUGUUUUUGCUGACUGUAUAGAGCUUCUCCAUCUUUGGCUGCAGAGAAUAUAAUCAAUCUGAUUUUGAUGCUGCCCAUCUGGUGAUGUCCAUGUGUAGAGUCGUCUCUUGUGUUGUUGGAAAAGAGUGUUUGUGAUGACCAGCUUGUUCUCUUGGCAGAACUCUAUUAGCCUUUGCCCUGCUUCGUUUUGAACUCCAAGGCCAAACUUGCCAGUUGUUCCUUUUAUCUCUUGACUCCCUACUUUAGCAUUCCAAUCCCUAUAAUGAGAAGAACAUCCUUCUUUGGUGUCAAUUCUAUAAGGUGUUGUAAGUCUUCAUAGAAUUGGUCAAUUUCAGUUUCUUCAGCACCAGUGGUUGGUGCAUAAACUUGGAUUACUGUGAUGUUAAAAGGUCUGCCUUGGAUUCGUAUCGAGAUCAUUCUAUCAUUUUUGAGAUUGCAUCCCAAUACAGCUUUUGCCACUCUUUUGUUGACUAUGAGGGCCACUCCAUUUCUUUUACGGGAUUCUUGCCCACAGUAGUAGAUAUGAUGGUCAUCCGAACUGAAUUCGCCCAUUCCCGUCCAUUUUAGUUCACUGAUGCCCAGGAUGUCAAUAUUUAUUCUUGCCAUCUCAUUUUUGACCACAUCCAACUUACCAAGGUUCAUGGUUCUUACAUUCCAGGUUCCUAUGCAAUAUUUUUCUUUACAGCAUUGGACUUUCCUUUCGCUUCCAGGCAUAUCCACAACUGAGCGUCCUUUUGGCUUUGGCCCAGCCGCUUCAUCAGCUCUGAAUCUACUUGUACUUGUCCUCUGCUCUUCCUCAGUAGCAUGUUGGACGCCUUCCGACCUGAGGGGCUCAUCUUCCAGCGUCACAACUUUUAUAUGCCUUUUGUCUUUGUCCAUGGAGUUUUCUUGGCAGGGAUACUGGAGUGGCUUGCCGGUUCCUGCUCCAGGUGGAUCACGUUUGGUCAAAACUCUCCACUAUGACCUGUCCAUCUUGGGUGGCCCUGCAUGGCAUAGCUCAUAGCUUCUCCAAGUUAUUCAAGCCCCUUCGCCACGGCAAGGCAGUGAUCCAUGAAGGGGAGUUCUCUCCCUUACCUCAUAUCAACUCAUUUAAAAUCUAAAACUUUUCUCAUAUAAACCUCCAUACCACCUUAUACAGAAAUAAAGGAGUCAAAUUAAAACAUAGAAUAUGGACUUUAAAAAAAAAUAGUUUUGUAAAUUUACAAAAAAAAUAUCUCCAACUGUUUUUCAUUUCUUUCUCUUUUAUUCCUGUAAACUAGUUGGCUUUACCUGUGAGUCAUUUGUAUCAUUGGCUAAACUUCUGUGACAUAAAAAAAAACCCUUGAAGGGCAGAUAAGAGGUUGGCUGAUAGAGGAAGUUAAGCACUCAAGGAAAAGAAGUGAAAACAGAAGAAUCUGGGUUUUAAUGUUAUCAGGGACAUGUAAGAAGGAAUUGGCAGGAAGUAAUAUCUGGCAGCACAGAGGCACCCCCCCCAAUAAUUUGACAGUCCUAUUAAUUUUAAAAUAACUUAAAAUAACUGUCUGACUAUAUAUCACCCAAACAUUUGUUGAGCAGUUGUACCCCAUAAUAUUUAAGAGGAAAAACCUAAUAUAGCCUCACAAACAGAAGGAACUUGAUGCUGUUGAUGGGAAGAAGCAAGCAGGGCUGCAUUUGCAAUGUACUCCUGAGUUUCCCCAAGGGUGUUCUGUCAUCUUCUGAUAGCUGGUAUUAUUGUUAGAAAACUGAAGAAAAUGCUUCAACAUCUGCACAUGUGCUCUUGUUGGGAAGGGAUGUGGAGAAGACUGAAUUUAGAUUAAACCAAUUAGACUAAAUGUUUCUUUCAUGCGUUUUGGCUUCUAUUUUAAAUAUAUUUAAACCAUCAGAAAACAGUCUGCUAUCUAGAACUGAAUUAAUAUUGCCAGUUUUAGGUACCCAUGUGACUAGGCCUCUAGGAUUAUUUAAGCCCUACCUUCAUGAUUAAAAGCUUGUUCAGUAUAUUUCCUUGCUUCCUGAAUAACCAGGUUAGGGCACUGGGAAAUUUCUAUAAAAUGCAUGUUUUCUAGAGCUGGACUAACAGCACCAAAAGCCCAUGAUAGACAAGAUGUGGAAGAUCUCUCCACUUCUUCUCCUUAAACAGUCAUAGGGAGAUUUUAAUUCUUCCCAAAAAUGCCAUUUUCAUGGAUUUAAUUAUAUCCCCAACCAAAAGGUGCUGUUUGACCACUGGGGAGGUGUGUUUUUCCCAGUGGGGCAAUAGCAGCUUUGUGUGUGUGACAAUUUGAGUUUGCGAAAACAGUAUGAGGGGUUAAAACCUCCUUCAAUGCUGUGGCCCUUAUCAAAUGCUGCCAGAACCCCCCUCCAGUUGCUUUUAAUCAAAAAGGCAAUGGCAGGGGAUGUGAGUACAGAUACCACAUCUCAUCUAGUUUAGUCCUGCAAGUACAUGUACAUGUAUUGUGUUGCCUUCUGUCUAUAUAAAAAUUGACAUUAUCAAAGGAUCAUAUCAUUAAAUUUUAGAUAUAGUUCCUAUAUUUUAGAUAUUAAGGCAAAAUUUGCUAACCUGGUAUCUUCAAGAUGUUUUGGACUAUAACAUUUAUUAGCUUCAGCCAGCAGAGCUGUGCUGACUAGGGUUGAUGGGAGUUGUCCAAGACAUUUGAGCGUACCCAGGUUGGGGAAGAAUCUGUUGAGGAGUCCAGCUGUUGAAAGCCUCUUGCAAGAAAACCAGCAUCUUGAACUGCGCUGUGAAAACAACAGGCAGCCAUCAUUGUUCUUCACAUUGUUAUAAGCAGUACCUACAUGAGGACACUCUGCGGGCUCUUGGGUACCCCAUAAGAGAAAAGGAGCAGUUUUCCCCCUUAUAACAACAUGUUGAUGCAGCAUGUGUCUAAUGACUCUUCCACAUCAAGACGAAGGCUGUCAUAUUCCAUUCCAGCUGUAACUUCUGAAUAGCCUUUCAUAAUAAUGAUUCAUCAUACACUUAAUUAAAUCACUUCAAUAACCUUGUGUGGUUAUAUGUUAAUAGUUACUAGCUCUAAACUGGAGACAAAGCAUUUCAGUUUUGUGCCUAUGAGUGUGAUUUGUGAAAAGUUUUCAAGGCUGCCACAGGAACCUAAAGAUUUAGCAGCACCCAAAAAACCCCACACAUGAGUUACUAAGGGAGGACAAAGACCAUCAAUAAUGGUUGUUCCCUGGGACUUCUUGAACGGGGUAGGGGCCUUGCCAAUCAGUAGUUAGAUUUCUUACUUGGAUUUCACUUCUAUCUGUUCAUCCUUUCCCAGUCCUCAUUAGCAAUCAGAUGCUAUAUAAGAAUCAUGAUUGCAGCAUCAUUUUAAGCCCGUCUUGGGCAAACUUGGAUGGUUUGAAAGCUCAGAGUACAUAACCACAAAAUAAUAAUAAAUCACAAUGAUAGGGAGCCAGGACUGGCACACUCACUGAGCAAGUAAAUGCCAUUUCUAUUCCCCAACCUGACUGUUGUUCCUCCACACAGUAAAUACAGUGGUACCUCAGGUUACAUACGCUUCAGGUUACAUACGCUUCAGGUUACAGACUCCGCUAACCCAGAAAUAGUGCUUCAGGUUAAGAACUUUGCUUCAGGAUGAGAACAGAAAUCGGGUGGCGGUGCGGUGUCAGUGGGAGGCCCCAUUAGCUAAAGUGGUGCUUCAAGUUAAGAACAGUCCUCCAGAACGAAUUAAGUACUUAACCCGAGGUACCACUGUACAUGUUGUUAACCACCACUUAAUAUAGUGGUACCUCAGUUUACGAACUUAAUCCAUUAGAGAAGUCCGUUCUUAAACAGAAACCAUUCUUAAACUGAGGUGCACUUUUCCUAAUGAGGCCUGCCGCCGGUGCCCUUCCACCGUUCGGCUUCCGUUCUUAGACCAAGGUAAAGUUUGCCAACCGGGACACUACUUCUGGUUUUGCGGAGUUUGUAAACCAAAUAGUUCAUAAACGGCUGUUCUUAAACCAAGGUACCACUGUAUAGGAUGGAUUUGCAGCACGCAUUUAAUGUAGGAGCUACCUGUGCAGUAUUACAAUUCCAACCUCUAAAUAUGAAGCUGCAGUGGAGGAGAGAUGAAGAACUCUCAACCUCCCCCUGAUCAUUUUCUGGUGGUACACUCCAUUUCACUUUAGCUUAACUGUAAACAUUGACUGUCUGUUGCCUGUCAGUCUGCAAGCUUCCAUAACUACUGGCUGAACCGCUGUGAUGUUACAGUAGCCUGGAGGAGAACUGGAUAGGCAUGGAGAGUAGUGGAGACGGAAAGGUUGAAAGGAAGUACCAGGUCCUAAAUACCGUAUUUUUUGCUCUAUAAGACUCACUUUUUCCCUUCUAAAAAGUAAGGGGAAAUGUGUGUGCGUCUUAUGGAGCGAAUGCAGGCUGCACAGCUAUCCCAGAAGCCAGAACAGCAAGAGGGAUUGCUGCUUUCACUGCGCAGCGAUCCCUCUUGCUGUUCUGGCUUCUGAGAUUCAGAAUAUUUUUUUCUUGUUUUCCUCCUCCAAAAACUAGGUGCGUCUUGUGGUCUGGUGCGUCUUAUAGAGCGAAAAAUACUGUAUAAUGGAUUUGGGGACAAAGGGGGGCAGUGAAAACAGCAGAAAGCAGAAGGCAUAGAAAAGAAAUGUUGGAAACAGGGAGACUAAGAGAACGAUGAUGAGAGCAGGCAGUAUGCUUAGGGAAGUGGGGACUGAGGAAAUUUUACUAAAAGGUCAGUGGGUGGAAUCCUCCCCACCCCCACCCCAUUGUGGAUUCAGUUGCUAUGAUAACACAAUAUUCUGGUGGAAGCUAUUUCACAUGGAGAAAGGCACAGAAAGAAUUAUGUUCUUUGGAUGGAAAUGGAUAUUGGAAAGGCAAAGAGGACUGUGGAGACACCCAUAUUUCUUAGUAGCUAGCUGUGGAUGAAUUAGCCCCAAAUUUAGAAGAGUUCCAAAAAUCUCAAUUAUAGCAUUAACUUCUCUAACCUUCGUUUGCUUGGGAAAUGAGUGUAUGUGAGUUUUCGAUGUGCUGUACUAGAGGCAAAUCUGAAGAGUUCCAGGUGAGGAAGUAGAAUUGAGAUGGUUCAAUAUAUAAUUUUGCGGCAAGAGUGAAGCUGGACGCAGUGAGAGUAAAACGGACUGUGUACUGCACAUGCACAUGCAAUUCUUUUAAAGCAGCUGACACAGGAGGAAAAUAAAUUUCACUAAUCACUGACCAAGCGCCAACUUGACAAUGCAGGUUCUUGGGAAGAGUACCGUUGUAGGCCAUGUAUAUAUCCAGACGGUAAGCAGAAGUUGAUGCCUGACCAAAAAGAGACAAAAAAAGCAUAGAGGCCUGGAGGAGGCAGAGCCCCAGCAGCCCAUUCUCAGUGAAAGCAUUCCUUCCAAUGUUUCAUGGGCUUGAACUAAUACUACUUGUGAAAUGUUUAGCGAAUAUGUAGUAAAUGAUCAUGUAGUCCACUGUUAGGUUGUCUGUUGCCCUGUUGCCCGGGUUUCUGGAGGUUGAUAAACAUACUUUUGUCAGGUUGCCUAACUGUUUUGAAGCAUUAGCUGGAUGUUUUUAAUAAUUGGUAGAAAGAAUUGUCUUAUGCUUUAUGUGACCUAGUGUCCCGUUAGGAAGGCUCGCUGGGGCUUGGCUUGAAUGGCAUUUGCAACUGAUGUAGCUGCUUUGAGGGUCCUGUGGUAGAAAAAUGGGAUCUAUUUACAUACCAAAUCCUUCAUUUGAUCAUUUGAAAUUUCUUUAGCAUUUCCUUCUUGACCCUACCAGGGUUUUACUGCUUUUUCUUUUUAAUUAGGUGUUUACUGAACACCUCUUCAUACAAUAAUCUAGGCACAUUGUCAGCUCUUCUAAAGGUUGUGCAUGCACACUCAAGUACUAGAGAAAGUAUGAAACCCAGAAUGUGCUGAAAGCCAAACCUUGUUUUGGUAGUUAGAGACAAGUUUCUGACCAAGAAUUUGGGGUGAAGCGGGGGGGACCACACGAGCCUUUCAGGCUGCUACAAUAUACCCAGGUGGUUAUGUGAACAAAGAUCCUUAACAGUAAGCUAUUUUUACUAGCUAUGUUAGAGGCAAGAUAUUUUAAGAAUGGUUUAAAAUAAAUAAAUUGGCCGGGAUAGCCUAAAUGGGCCUCCCCCCCCCCCCCCCUUGAUUUUAAAAUGUAGAUGCAGAUAUAGUUUUCAAAAUAUCUUUAACUAUGUACCAUAAGGACUUCUGUGAUAAGAUCAUAAUUCUCUUAGAAGUGGUUGAUCUUAUUCAGCAAGCAAGGUGGAAUGGUAUUAUUGCUGCUGCAGCUGAAUCAGAGGUUGAGCUGCCAAUAGAUAAACUCCAAGUUGCAUCUAGUUCUCAGCCUGCAGCCAUACUGUGCAUACCCAAUAUGCUUCUGCCUGCAUUGCAAACAAACAAGAGUAGCAAUCAGAAGUUGCUUAAGUGUAUGCAGUUACUAUGAUUGUUUCUGCCAAAGAAUGCAGAAGACUAGGAACAUCACAGAUGGAAACAUGCUCUAAAACUGUGCCAUUAUCUUGAAAUAUUCGCCUUCAUUGAUCAUUGCAGUGGUGUAUCUGUUGUUUCACAUAAUUUCAGCUAAAACUGUACUGUUCAGUGACAGCUUUUGCUACUUGCUGAAUUAAUCUAAGUCUCUAUUUUAAUAAUUCAUACCGAUUGUAUGGUUUUGCAUUUAGGAAUGUUCCCCCCCUUCCUAUAGUAUCACAUUUAAUGGUUUCAUUGUAUAAGUAUCCUGUGGACAAUGUAAUUAGGUUUUUAUGGAAUCAGAUUUUGCUGCUUCCUUUCACUUUUGCAGACUCUUUGGGCAGGAAAAGCUUUGAUAGCUAGAGAACUGUGCAUCACAGUUUAAAUUAAGACUAGCCUCAAUUCUUUCUGAAAUGUGAUCAUGAAGUGUUAAGAUAACUGUUGUAAUUUUUGCUUUGUGAAUGGGUAAAAACUUAACAUGUUUGUUCUGUGUUCUCUGGUAGCUGGUAUUUCAAACCACACAGAAUGUUCUAAAAUCUUGGAUAGAUACUAACUGGUCUCAUAAUCUGACAUGCCUGCUUAUUUUGUGAACAACAGUAUAAAGGUUCUAAAUUUUAACUCAAUUUAUAAAUAUUACAUAUGGGAUUAACACAUCUGAAACUUUCAAUUGCAUGAAUUUUGUUUCAUCUAAAGCAGCCAUGGGGCAAAGAGUGUAUUUGAAGACCACUACUUUUGUGCAAAUUACCUUCUUUUUGAAAGUCAAUCAAUGUAGUCCCUUACUGUUGAAAGAGGUAUACAGUACUAAAACUAUAUUUCAUUUCCAAGCUUCGAGAAUUUUAGUAAAGAGGUCUAACCUGUUUUUGCAGGUUUUGUCACACUUUCUGAUGGAAAAGGAAGAAAAAAAGCAGACAACCCAUAUCAAUUUGCAGCUGAGCUGUUGGCAUACAACAAAAUGAACAGUUCAGGACUCCAAACACUUGACCUUGAUUAGCAGGCUGUUAAUGUGCUUCUCUCCCUUACUCCCAGUCCCACCCCAUGGUCUUAUUUCAGGGAAAGCUGAGUUGCAGGGUGAGGUGCUAAAAUAAACUUUUUUAAAAAAUACUGUUAUGAAACUGAUGCAAAAUGCUAUAUACAAAACAUGCUUGAAAUUGGUAGCUUUUAAGGAGAGGAUUAAAAAGGUUAGCGUUAACUGAGAAAGUUGAAUUCUACUUCAGUGUUUAUUAUAUCUAUAUGUUCUGAAUGAUACUGCUACCCAACUUUUAAAGAUCAAAAACUGUGCUUUUAGAUAGCUCCUGGCAAGCUGGAAAAAAAAUAUUGGUUCUUUGUAGUCUGAUACAGAACUCCAUUGUUUAAUCUCACACCUGGCAAUGUUAGCAUUGCUAUGAAGGCUGAACAGUUUCAUUGUUGUGGUUUACCGUAAUCACUUUGGAUUGUAUUCAAUACUAGUCCUACUUGGAGUUGACACAUUGAAAUUAAGGAACCUAAGUCAUGCCCAUUAACCUCAGUGAGUCUGUUGUGGGGUAUGGAAACUUUUCUGAUGAGAUAACAUAUCAUUAUCUCUUCAACCCCAGAUGGGCCAAAUUUAGCAGGUGUGUAAGGCUGCCCAUCUGUCAAUCCCCUGACAUCACUAUGACAUCAAGUGAUGCUGUGCUUUGAAGUCCCAGAACUUUCAGUUUUGCUGUUUGCAGAGGGCUUUCAGACAGUUCAUGUUCACCUAUUUGAGCCUCUGGAGGCCCAAAUAAGAGUAUGGUAGUAAUGGUGGCAGUGCUGCCUGAAAGCCUUUUGCAAAAGCAACUGUUUUUGUGCACUCCCUAUCUACUGUUUGGGACAGGGGCAGCCAGCUGCCUUUUGGGAGUAUCAGCUGCCCACAGGAGACGUCCUAUGCACAGCCAAUCCUUCCAAAAGGGGUUGCUUUCUUUGGCUGUGCAUGCCUUUUCCCAAGAGGGGACAGGCACACACAGCCAAAAUGAGCCUGUUGCAAGUUGCUCCAUGCUGCUCCUUUCAGUUUCUGAUUUUGAAAGUUGAAAGGAGCUGCUUCAAAGAGCACCACUGGGAGGAAGAAGAAGUGGUUUCCCUUCUUGAAGAAGGCAGGCUCCUAUUGCCCAACAGCUGAAGGGCAGGUGGGAAUGUCCUUGCUGCAGCAAAUGAACUACGGAGCCCACUUUAAGCCCAGGUAGUCUCCAUAGCUAGAAGCAGCUUUGGCCAGCUAUAACUGUUCCUUGGCCAGAGGACAUUGACCACAGUAGUGUAGGUAUUGGUGACUUCAAGACUGGAUUGCUUCAAUGCACUCAGUGUGGGGCAUCGUUUGCGCUUGACCUGGAAAGUCCAGUUAUUGCAGAAUGCUCUGGCAUAGUUGCAGACAGCAAUUCGAGAUCCUGUCUGUAUAAACCAGUUUUCCAGGCGGCCCAGCCUGGAGCUAGAAUAACAAAAAAGCUAGACACCAACUUUCUCCUCCUUUAAAACCUGCUGCUGUGGUCAGCAGAGUUUCAUACACCUUGCCACUCCGUUCUGCCUCACUGCUCCACGACCAGAAAUACAUUUGCUCUAUAAAUCUAUUUUUUUUUUUAAAUCAUAUUUAUUAAAGUUUCCAAAAAAAAUAAAAAUACAAAGAAAAAAAGACAAAAGAAAGAAGAUAUUUAAAAACCUUACUUUCAUUCCCUACUUUCUGGGACUCCCCUCCCCCAAUUGUAUUCCCUUUCCUUAAUUUGGUUCUACAAGCUCUCACUCUCAAUUUAAAGCUUAAUUUGUUUAACCCACUAUCCAGAUUGAAUUGUACAAAUCUUACCACCGUCCCACAUCAUUAACAAAAAAAGAAAAAAGAUUUUCCCCAAGAUCCACCCCAGUUCCUUCCACAAAUUCCUUUUUUUAAACACGUCCGAUCAAAUUAAAAUCACAUGCGUAAGUUAUGUAAAGAAAUAGAAAAUAAGAGAUAUAGAAAAUUCAAAAAAUGGUUACACAGCCUUUGGAUUUCAAAUCUCCCCCUUCCCCGGUUUGAAUUCCCCAUGUCCAUCAGUCUAUACAUUAUCAGCUUGGAAGUCUCAUUUCAUGACCAGAUUUCUCCCGAUUCCAUCUUGCCGGUUUUCUUUUAGUUUAUUAAUUUAAAUAAUAUUUGACUUCAAAUGUCCAAUCUAACAAAGGCCUUUAAUUUCCUUUGAUCUUUACCACUCCUCCCGUUGUUCUUUCCGUGUCGUAAUCAGUCCUUUAUUCUUCUUAUUCCUCACUUUCUCAGGUUUCUUGUCCUGUUCAGCUGCUAAAACUUUCUAAUUCAGAAAUCUAGUGUCUCUGCAGAGGUUUGUUAUUCAGGAACAAAAACUUACGUCCAGUCCCUUUCUUUCUUCAAUAAAAAUUCCAUUGUCUUCCUCUGUAGACAAAAUACUCUUUCAGUUUUGCAGCUUCCCAGAAGAUAACAAAUCCUGUGCGAAUCCCAGGGUAUUUUUCCACUUACGACCGUUCUUGUAGUAUCCCGAAACCCCUCUAGGGGGAUUGUAAUAACUUUGUAUCCUCUAAUCCAAAAGUCAAAUUGUUGCUUAUUUUCCAACAGUUUAUAUCCAUAUUAUAGCAAAUUGUAACAAAAUUAACCAGCAAGGUCCUCAUAAAGUCCUCUUUAUAUUCUCCAGCUUUGACAGCCACUUUGACAGCUGUCAAAGUCUCCGUCUCUCUUCACCAGGCUCCACGAAUCGCCCCGGUUCCCGGGGGCUGCAUUUUUCUUCUCACCCUCCACUCUUUCUCCUCCAGCACAUUUCUUAUAAUUUCCCAUCGUGAAAUUAAUGAUUUUUAUCAGAGACAUACUUCCCUUUGGACCUUGGUUACCCAGUCCUUGUUUUGGAAUGCUUACAAUAGGGGGGGGGAUUGACUUCCUUUUAAAUCGCCCCGCUCGUGCCAAAUCCAAAAUUUUGAACCCGGUUUCCUAAUUACUCACGGGUUGUUGUUAAUAGUCCAAAUUUUCAAUAGAAGAAGUCAGCGCUCUCCGUCGAAUGGCAUGCGGCUGCGCCCGGCAGGGAAAGCAGUGGACUCAAAGCACCACGCCACUCCCCGGCACCCGAUCCGAAGCCUUUAAAAAGGCUCCUUCACGAGUCGGGAGGGCGCGCAGGGUGCAAGCCGAGUCACCCAUGUCCACGGACUCCGUGCCCGUGGUUUUUAAGGGUCCCCGCGUCGCCGGCGCGGUAGGACCCAGCCCCUGCCGAGCAGACUCCCUCCGGAGCUCGGAGGGAGUCCGCCAUUCGGCGAUGGCGCUAACCCGGAAGUCACAUUUGCUCUAUAAAUCUAAUUAAAGGAUUUUAAUGCUGAUAGCAUUUCUGUAUUCAUACAAAGUGUGCAAUUUCCCCCAAAACACAUUGUGUUGCUUGACCAGUCUCAUGUAUGUUUUUUCUUUUCUUUUAGAGAACUGCAUCUUUAUAUAGUAAAUUCCUAUGCAAUAAAAUUGAUAUGUAUUCUAAAUCUGAAGUUGCUUCUGUUGCUUAAUAAAAAGUUGGGUUCUUCACAGAUCACCCAUUUUUGCUAAAAGAAGUUUCUUUUCAUUGUAUCUGAUUUCCAUGUUGAGUGUUUUCUGCUUAUUGCAUCAGUUUUUCAGUACUGCUUAUCGCUCUUGGUUGCCAACCAUUUUAGUAGCUCUGCUUUUGUAAUUUUAAAAGCCAUCUGAUAAGUGGAAAAUAAUCAGGUGGUAGAGAUAAGGCAACAGCAAAAGCUUUUCCUAUUUAAGUUUUGUGUGCUAGGCUGCUGCUAAGGCACGGGGUCAGUUAAAAAAGGUUGGAACUCUACUACUGUCCAUGCCCAGAUCUGCUUAGGGGUAGCAGUGUAUGUGUCUUCAUAUUAUUUUCUGUUGUGUCCCGGUUUGCGAACUUUACCUCAGUUUAAGAACUGAAUUUGAACGGUGGAAGGGCACCAGUGGUGGAAGGCCUCAUUAGGGAAAGCGUUCCUCGGUUUAAGAAUUGUUUUGGUUUAAGAACGGACUUCUGGAACAGAUUAAGUUAGUAAACCAAGGUACCACUGUAAAUCAUUUUUAGCUUACCAAACAUGUGGUCUUUUUCUAUGCUAGGGGAAGAGGAAAACUUUUCAAGGAACUUGGAAGGGCAUAUUUUAAAGGUCUAACAGCCUAUAUUUGCAUGUUUUUGCAUGAUUUUAAAUCUCUGCUGGUGUUCUCUCAUCAAAGAGUACUGCCUGAAACUUGGACCUUGGCAUCUAGGAAUUCUCCUUACAUACCUACUUUUUGCUUGAACCAAGACUUCAGACUCUGUUAGAAUACCCUUAAGGCCAGCACAACUGUGGGGAUGAGCCCUUGCCCUCUUCCCAAGGUUACCAGAGCAGAGGGGAAACUUGCCAUGGUAGGUGCAUGUGUGAAGCAAUGUAUAGCAUUGAAGGGCUAGUUAACAGCCUGUUACUUUUAGGUAGGUGUCCAUAACUUUUAUGUUGAAAAGUAGCAAUGGCAGAAUCUAUGCAAGUAUUUCAAAACUAAACUCUCCCCUUUUGGCAGAGGUGCUUGUUGUUAUAGUGUCCAUUAUAACUAUUUUCAUAUUCAAUAGUAAAAUUGAAAUAUAUGAAUAUUAACAUGUCAGCUAUUUACAGCUGCAUUCAUGUUAACAUCAAUUUUGUUAAGUAGUUUGUGAAUAUCUCAGACAGUGCUUCUCCCAGUAUGUCACCCUGCCCUCUCUCACAUUUCAGGUUCAGUUGAAGAGUUCCUUUUUUGUUAAGCACACAUGUGAAUACUGAGGCAGAGCUUUCCCUUAGGCUUUUAUUAAUGAGCUCCAUUAAUCAUCUUAGGAAGUGUGUAACUUCUGUAUUGACAUACAUUUUAAAAUCAGGCUUACGUAAUACUAUGUAUUCUCUCUAGAGGAUCCUGUUCAGUUGAAGUCAUAUGUGGAUAUCCUGUAGAGCAUGGGUAGGCAAACUAAGGCCCGAGGGCUGGAUCCGGCCCAAUUGCCUUCUAAAUCCGGGCCACGAAUCAGCAUGUUUUUACAUGAGUAGAAUGUGCCUUUUAUUUAAAAUGCAUCUCUGGGUUAUUUGUGGGGCCUGCCUGGUGUUUUUACAUGAGUAGAAUGUGUGCUUUUAUUUAAAACGCAUCUCUGGGUUAUUUGUGGGGCAUAGGAAUUCGUUCAUUAUUAUUUUUUCCCAAAAUAUAGUCAUUAUUGUGCCAUAAAUGUAUAUUCCCUUUUGGUAUGAAAGAUAAAGGAGUUGAGUAUGAAGGAUAGACACUUCAUUUGUUAAAUUGAAGUAAGGGCCAAACUAGAUGUUAUGUGGCGUGAGGAAUUCAACAUUGCAAGGUGGGGUUUUCCCUGGUUUAAUCCUGUGCAAUUUUUCCAGUUAAAAUGAUCUCUCUCAAAACUUCUAGUUUUGAAACUGGUGCCAUAACAGGGCUAAAGUAAGAGCUGUUAUUAUUAUUCUUAGUGCUUUUAAUGGUGAGCAGCAUUUGAGAACUUUUGUGAGUUGUAAAUCUCUUGUAGGUUACUAUGUAUACAGUACUUGCUUAUGGCAAUGUAAGAAAAGUCUUUAGAACAGCUUAUUCUAUGGCAAUUGUUUUCAUAUUCAACAGAUCUUUCCCAUAUUGUCAUCUUUGCUGUGGAAAUUUUUAAUGCAGCCAAGGUUCCAGGGGCAUGUUAUAGGGCAGCCUUUUUAAAUAUAUGGAAUCCCAGAUGUUGUUGGACUACAGUUACCAUCAUCCUUUGUCAAUGACCUGGGAUGAUGGGGCUGUAGUCCAACAAUAUCUGGGGACCCAAGUUUGAAUAAUUUUUUCUAGUGUCGAAGUUCAAUGCAGGGCACUUUUGUGAUCCUUGUUGUCUCCACCAUUGUACUUCCUAGACUGAAUGUCUGCCUUAGGGGGUGGGCUCAGUGACAGAACACAUGUUUUUCAUGCAGAAGUUCUGAGGCUGGUUCCCCAGCAUCCCCAGGCAGGGCUGGGAAUGUCCCCAGUCAGAAACCUUGGAGUCACAGAGAGUUGGUGUAAACAAUACAAUCAAACCUCAGCUCCCGAAUGCCUCUGUUUUGGAAUGUUUUGGCUCCUGAACGCCGAAAACCUAGAAGUAAAUGCUCUGGUUUUCGAACGUUUUUCAGAAGCUGAACAUCCGACACAGUUUCCGAUUGAGUGCAGAAAGCUCCUGCAACUAAUCACAAGCUGCGCCUUGGUUGUUGAACAUUUCGGAAGCCGAACGUUUGACAGCCAGGGUUUGAUUGUACUGAGUAAAAUGAACCAAUAAAAAGAGUAUAUAAAACAGCUUCCUAUGUUUCUUAGAAUACAACCAGCACUCUGUUGCACAUUGCAAUAGGCAUGUUUUCUUUCAGGGAUGUUUAUAAUCCAUUGAUGAUCUUCUCAGUCUUUAAUAAGCUUCUAAAACAAACAAGGACUCCCCAGAAUCCUGUUCUCUGGGGAUAAACGGUAUUCGGAUAAUGAUGUGAGGACCUGAGAAAUUCAUCAUUUUCAUAAAAAGUGUCACGUAGCCUUAAUCAGUAAAAGUUGUUAGGUAUUGAACAGCUGAUCAUAGAAAAUAAAACAAAACGUUACCAUGGCAGAUCAGUCUGGUUACUACUUUGCACGAAAGAGGGGAUGGACAUACGUAGUAAGACUCCCUGCAUUUGUAUUAUUUCUAUCCAUUCUGUGAAAGCUCAGAUCAAGAAAUGUGGGCCACAGCUGUGUGCCUGCUUAUAUGACUGCCAUGGGAUAGCAGCUGAGCAAUUUUAACAAAUAGUGAAUAUUUUUCCUUGUUCUGUAUGCUUUUCUGUGAAGUGCUGCACUGCAUUCAUAAUCUCCGAGUUCAUUUCAGUGGGUGGCGUUAGACCCAAUUGAGAAAUGCUGUCCUACAGCUGAAUUUACUCUCUCUCUCACACGCAGACAAGUCUUUCUAUAAAAAGAAAACCACACAAGAUACGUUUGAAUAUGUUUUUAUUAUUAUUGAUUUUAAAAAGUCAGAGGGUGGAAAGCUUUCCUAUGGAAUCUCUUGAGCAUUCAGAUGACUUAAGAAGUGACGUGUGAUCAGAAAUGUUAAAUGAAUAAUUUGAGAAAGGAAUCUGGUUUGCAUUUCUGUUUCACUAGUGCUUUGUUCCCCAGGCUUCUUCAAAAGAUCAGCAGCUGUGACCCCAAAUAGUCUUUAUUCCAGUUCCAAAAUAAUCUCAAAAUAGUCCUUCAUUUAAAAAAAGGAACUAGAUUAAAGCAUUCUGUAUUGGCAUAAAUGUGGUGGGAAUGAGUUUGACACUUGCUCUGGUGCUGUGUGUAUUUAAAUAAGGGGUGGAUUUUAAAGCAGCAGAGUUAAGACAUUGGCAUUAUGUUUCUAGAGAAUAAUCAAGUUGUACACUGAACAUGCACUGUCAUAAGGCAAUUUAUAUAGAAUUUGUAGAUAACGUACGGACAUUUCUGGCUGAUUGUGGAACAGCAAUUUGAAACUAUUCAUUCAUUCAUAUAUUGGCUUUCUGCAAGCUGAUCAUUUUUAUAAUAGGUCAGUAAAGCCAGAUGAAUUCUGGCACUUUACUUAUUUAGCAAGUGAGAUUUGAAAUGGAACAACCAGAUUUUUAGCAUUAUUUGAUGGUGCAUUUUAGAGUUUGUUCUGAUAUUUCCAUUCAUUGAAGUUAACUGUUCUACCACCAAGUGUGUUAUCCUAUUUAAUACAAUCUGAAGCAUAAACAUGAUCAGGACAGAGCUUUUAGUAUCCUUUUUAAUUUCUUCAGGUUCUUGCAUGCUUAAUGAGGAAAUUAUUCUCUGGGACAAUUGCUCACUUUAUAUAACAGUUUUCCCCCAAUUAAUUAUUACAAAGAAAGAUGAGAAAUGUGAAGAAAAUUGCUUCACUCCAAACUGGUUUUGGAACUAUUAAAAGGAGAGGGUCUGUCCCAUGCUAGAAGUUCUCCAUCCAUCCAACAGGGUCAAAGUUUCUGGGAUAGAAGCUGUAUAUGUGUGUGCACACGCAUGUGCAUGUGCUUUCCUCCCCGUCAGAAAUUAUCUUGCUAGCUUAUAACCUGUCACAGGUGCUAAUUACAUUACAUAUUUCAUCACUGUCCCAUUUUAACUGGGAAAUUAUACUCUUUUCAUUGUUCCUCUCACUUUGCAGUGGUAUAUGCAUGGCUUCUCUCAGAGGUCUUGCACUACUGGCUUCAUGACAACCUUCCACUUUAUAUUGAAGUCCUUGAAAUUCCAUGCUUUCCAACUGUUAACGACACUUCUUGAAUUCAGAAUUCAUUGCCUGUGAAGGUUUGACAUGGCCUGUCUACUUCUAUUUUAAAAAACUAGACCUGGAUACAUUCUAUAUGUACUGAGCCUUGACAGAUCUGUAUUUUUCCAUGGACUUUUCUUUUGAACUAUGACACAUAAUUGUGCUUAGCUGUAAACUAGAAAGGCUUACUAAUUGUUUUACAAUAAAGGAUCCUUAUUUGGCACAAUUCCACUAGAUUUGAAGUGUACACAAAUAUUUAUUUAUUUAUUUAUUUCAAAAACUGGCGUACCAUCAACAUGAAGGAAAAAUAUAGUGCUGAAUAGCAUGAAAUCAGCAAUAAAAUUACAUUCAUAAAAUAUGUACAAAAUAUAUCACAAACAAUUAGAUCAGAUUAAUACAUCACUAUAGCUGGAUCACCCCCUCAGAGAAAGACUGGGUGAACAGUUGAGUUUUAAGCAGGCACCUAAAUGCACCGGGGACGCGGGUGGUGCUGUGGCUUAAACCACAGAGCCUAGGACUUGCCGAUCAGAAGGUCAGCGGUUCAAAUCCCCGCAACGGGGUGAGCUCCCAUUGCUCGGUCCCUGCUUCUGCCACCCUAGCAGUUCGAAAGCACCUCAAAGUGCAAGUAGAGAAAUAGGUACCGCUCCGGCGGGAAGGUAAACAGCAUUUCCGUGCGCUGCUCUGGUUCACCAGAAGUGGCUUAGUCAUGCUGGCCACAUGACCCAGAAGCUGUACGCCGGCUCCCUCGGCUAAUAAAGCGAGUUGAGUGCAGCAACCCCAGAGUCAGUCACGACUGGACCUAAUGGUCAGGGGUCCCUUUACCUUUACCUAAAUGGCAGUACUAUGGGUGUGUGCCUGAUGUUCAUGGGAACCACAUUUCAAAGGGCAGCUUCCGCCACAUGAAAGAGGCUAUGGAGAAAUAGAGUUUCAUUGGCUUAUUGUUGACAAUGUGCUCCAAAUCCCUUAAUGAUCUCUCCCAACAGCUUCAUGUAGAUGUUAAAUAGCACUGCAGAUAAAAUCAUACCCUGCAAAACAGUGCUGUUCUCGAGAACUGAACCUGGAAAUAGAAGUGGAAUCACUGUAAUACAGUGCCCCCAAUACCUAUCCCACAUAGAUGGUUCAGGAGGACACCAUGGUCAGUGGUAUCAAAAGCACAGAGAGAUGAAGGAGAUAAAGCAAAGUCACACUCCUGUUGUCUUAUUCAGCUCUGGGAAGCUCUCGCAUGGACUCUAGAGGCAUCACGAGAUCUCGGAUGGCACCAUGAGAUCUCACAAAGGCCUCCAGAGCCCAGUAAGCAACGCAGAGAGCUUAAAAGCACUUUCCACACCAGAUGAGCUUUUAAACUUUCUGCCUUGUGUGAUUGCUUACAGGUCAGCGGCCAAGCAUGUAAAGCCAGCAUAGUGUAGUACAGUGAUGGCGAACAUUUGAGAGACCGAGUGUCCAAACAGCAACCCAAAACCGCUUCAUGAUCACCAAGUGCCAAUGCGGCAAUUUAACUGAGAUACAGUGGUACCUCGGGUUAAGUACUUAAUUCAUUCCGGAGGUCUGUUCUUAACCUGAAACUGUUCUUAACCUGAAGCACCACUUUAGCUAAUGGGGCCUCCUGCUGCCGCUGCACCGCCACCACCCGAUUUCUGUUCUCAUCCUGAUGCAAAGUUCUUAACCCGAGGUACUAUUUCUGGGUUAGCGGAGUCUGUAACCUGAAGUGUAUGUAACCUGAAGUGUAUGUAACCCGAGGUACCACUGUGCUGAGGUUUCAGUUUAGAAUAAACAACUGCUACAACGCUAGGAAAUUCCUUGCAGGUUUCCCAAUGGCUUGUAAGAUUGUCUGCAAAUGUUGUGGAAUUUUCUAAAUGCAUUUUUUCAAUUUGGAAAAUAUUUCAGCUGUCCAAGGUCUCUUUCAAAAACCUGUUUUCUCUGCAAGGUUUUGCUAUCAGAAAACAUCCUUUCUGCCGUUUCCCCUACAUCUUGUGGUUGUCUGUUCAGUAAUUUUAUCCUUAUUUGGGAAAUCAUGAAAAAGGGAAUUACUCCCAGACAACAUAGCCGUUUUGAUAAUAUCCCCAUCAGAGAGGGGCUUACCAUGUUUGGCUAUGCACAGUGAAAUCUGAAAACUGUCAGCUGUCAGAUGAUCUGUUCUAGAAAGAGAGUUGCAAAAACUUAAGAUACUGGGAAUGGUAUUUCCUCUGUUUCCCUUUGAGAAACUCUUUUGUUUCAGUUUUACCAAGCUGGGCAAUGCUUUUGUGGUUGGUGUCAAAGUGCCGUCUGACACUUGAUGUGUGACACACAACACUUUCAUUGCACAGAAGUCAGAACGCUUUCCCAUUGCAUUCAACGAUCUUCCACUCUCUGUUCUUGCUUUUUUCUUCUUCUUCUUUUUUGCUGUAUUCCUUUUUGGGUGUUCCUGGCUUGGAGUCUACAAAAAUUUUGAACACAGGAAUAUAAAACAUGCUGCAUGAGAAAAUCAUAACAAAGAUUACAAUUCUGAGCAAAAUAAUGAAGCACCCAAUACAAAUCUGUCCCUCUGUUUGCGUCACGAUGGCGAGCCUCGAUUCCUGGCUUUCUAGUAACGAACUCUGUGCUGGGGCGAUGGCACAUGUGCCCACAGAGAGGGCUCUGAGUGCCCCCUCUGGCACACAUGCCAUAGGUUCGCCACCACUGGUGUAGUAUUUAGAGUGAUGGACUAGGACCUUGGAGAACAGGGUUCAAAUCCCCACUCAGCCAUGAAGCUCACUAGGUCAGUUUCUCAGUCUAACUUACCUCAAUGGGUUGUUGUGGGGAUUACAAGAGGAUAGGGAGAACCAUGUAGGUCCAUAGAGAAAAAGGUGGGAUAUAAAUGCAAUAAAAUAAAUACAGUCACAUAAUUUAAAUGUGUGCAAGUUUCAAGUGACUGUAAUUUUAAGUGUAGUGAACUGCCUAUAUAGUAUUUAAGUUCUGUUUGUUUUCCAUUGAAACUUAUCCCCCUCACCAUGAACCCUUCUGCUUCUUCCUAACAAAAAAGCCUAACCUUUGUGUGUGUGUCCCUUUACACAAAAAGAAACUUACUUCUGAGUGUAUACACAUACCAUUUUACUGUAAGUUAACUAUUCAGAGGGCAUGCCUAAGUCUCUUUGCAAAGUUUUCACAUUUUCAUUUACCAUGGAGGGGGGCUGGUUGCGUGUUUAACAUCCACUCACAUUUAUCGUGCGGUAGCAUUCAUAGAAAGUAACUUCUAGGCAAGGGAGCAUCAGAUCUCAGAUGAAUCAAGUUUAGGAACACUGUAUCCUGGUGGCUAGAAAGGAAGGAAGGGCAAAGGGGGAAAUCUAUAGUCUGUCUUUAGAACUAGUACACUGAGACCAAGGAUUAGAAAACUAUAGUAGGCGGGAAAAGUGCACUAAAGGGGAGAGGUAAAUAGUAGCUCUCUAGGCCUCCAGGAAUUUCUAAGGCCUUGCAUCUAAACCAUGGGUAGGCGUAAGGCCCAGGGACCGGAUCUGGCCCAAUCGGCUUCUCUAUCUGGGCCAUGGACGGUCUGGGAAUCAGUGUGUUUUUACAUGAGUAGAAUGUGCCCUUUUAUUUAAAAUGCAUAUCUGGGUUAUUUGUGGGGCCUGCCUGGUGUUUUUACAUGAGUAGAAUUUGUGCUUUUAUUUAAAAUGCAUCUCUGGGUUAUUUGUGGGGCAUAGGAAUUCAUUCGUUUUUUCAUCUUCUUCAAUUUAUAGUCUGGCCCCCCACAAGGUCUGAGGGACAGUGGACUGGCCCCCUGUUGAAAAAGUUUGCUGACCCCUGAUCUAAACAAUGCACUCAUCAAUCAAGUUCUGACUUCACUCAUUAGUUAAAAACACUGAGGGCGGGGUAGUAGCCAGACUGACUUAUCUCAAAGAAAUCACUUAGAAGGUGCUUGCAGAUUUUGCCUUAUAACUUUCCAUCUCUGAGGACUAGAGACUGGCUUACAUUUAUUUUUUUAAAGCACAUAAUCUGGUCCCGCCUUGCAGGCCAUUCUAAUCCAUCCAUGCCUGUGAGAGUCUGAAAGGCAUUUUUGCUGUGUGCAGUGUGCACAGCAGACACCACAUUGUUUUUCCUCCUGCAUGGUGUGCUCUUUCUCUGUGUCAGUCUAAUUGACAGGUAUACUUACCAGCAAUUCUAAUGCUAACUGAGUAAUCGGUGUUACCCAUUCCUCCAUCCUUUAGAAGGGCUGUUGGACUGCAUGUACAUUUUUCAUUGACUGAACUUCCUAUGUGGUUGUCUUAAAUUGCAAAAUUGCCCUGGGGAGGAGGGAUUGUGACGUCAUAUGUACCAGCCAAUCAACACUUUGCAAUCUAGCUUGUACUAAAACCUGGCAGAGCCAGUUUUCCCUGAGUUUGAUCCUUGAGGGAGUAGUAGGUAUGUUUUUGAGAAUGUGUGGCAUGUUCUUCCAGAAUGGCUCAGCUCUCCUAAUAAUGCAAAAUUUUAUGCAAUCUUGAUUAGUUUUUCCUAAAUGGAUCACAGCAGAAAAUGUUCUGUCCAGGAAAGCACAGUGGAAGAAUAAUUUAUUUGAGAUCAGUUUAUUCAUUGACACCCGUGUUGUAUCAGUCAGUGAAAACAUAACAUUUUUUUAAACUUAAUUUAUAAGUAAUGCAAGAAAAUUGAAUGUUUUCUUCUUUGUUUGAAUUCUUACCUAAUCCUCAUGGCUAUUGGUAUUAAAAACAAUAGAUAAUGUAUAUAAAUUCAGGCCAAUUUUUCACCAAUAGGACCAGCACUGCUAAACAUUUCUACACUGUAGUCAAACAAACACUUUCAACUGGCAUUAAAAGCUGAUAUGUGCCUUCUCUGCCUUCUUAUCAGUUCUGCUAGUCUAUGUGUUGCCCACUCUUAAAUGAAUUGUCAAUAACCCCUAUUUUCCUCCAUCUGUUGAACAGCAUCAAUGAGACUACUUAUGAAUCCCACUUUAAAAUAAAGUUGGCUGUUUCUACCAGGGUUUUUUAUGGGAGCAGGGAAUGUGAUUUUUUAAUUGGUUCAUUUGCCCAGAAAUGUAUGCCUCUGUUUACUGAGGUUAUAUUUGUCCCUUAGAAUGUCUAAAAAAUCAUUACAGAAGCUUACUGCUAUACUAGAUAAGCAGCAAUGUUUUUAACAGACUAGAGAAAAUGCUAACUGUGUUAUAACAGUGAUGACCCAACUCCAGGCUAGAAAUCAAACACAGCUUUACAGUCCACCUGCUACCUUUUGACAACCGGUUCUUUCAUUUUGAUGUUUAGAGAAGUGCAGGGAGCUAGUUGCACCAGUUGUGCAAAUCAGACCUUGUGCAAGGUAGACAGGCUGUCAUUUCUCUUCUUUUUAUUAUUACUAAUAAGAGUUUCAAAUUCAGUCAACUGUUCAAAAGACUUCAAGCGUCAGAUCAACAUUUCAACUUAGAAAUUAUUGUAGUAAAUAUUGAUGUCAUUCUAGUGUGUGUGUUUCAUAUUUUAUCAAUGAAUAUAUUUCUUUAAAAGAUAAAAAUGGCUUUCAUUGAGAAAUGAUUUAUUCCUGUUUCUUAAUGUAAUAACUUAACUGUAACGUUCCUUUUUACAAAAAGCUUUGCCAACCAAUCAAACACUUACUAAUUUUGAGUGUCCAGUGAGGACUUGUUAUUGGUGCUGCCACUAGGAGCUGCUCGGUUGGCAGUGGCCUGUGGCAGGGCCUUUUCAGUGAUGGUUCCCCAUUUUUGGAAUUCCCUCCAUAGUGAGGUGCACCUGUCUCCUUCAUAUUGACUUUCAGGAUAAAUUUAAAAACAUGGUUAUUAUAAUAUUUAUAUCUCACCUUUUUCUCAGUCCGGAACUCAGGGUGGCUUACACAGAUAAAACAGAAAAAGCUAAAAAGACAAUAAUCGAAAUGUAAUUAAACACUUAAUAGGAUUAAGAUAGUAUAAAAAGAUCCAUUAAAAAUGCAGAUAUUAAAAACAUCAGAGUACCAGCCCUUUCCUCAAAAACAGUCAGUUCUAAAUGGCCUGUUGGAACAGAAAGGUAUUCACCUGCCAGUAGAGGACAGACAUUAGGGAUAGAGUCAGUGGCGAAGCGGCAUGCUCUGGCACCGUGAACGGAGGGCAGGCAGGGACGUGGCUGGCGCGCAUCCUGGGGGCGUGAUGAUGAUAAUUGAGUUCAGAGAAGCUUGCUUCGGCUCACCUGUACUGUGUUGUUAACACAUUAUCAGGUAGACAGUAGCAGCUUGUGUGGUGGUGUGGAUCAGCAAAGCCACCUUCUGACAUUGGCGUUGCUGCAGUUCACCUGGACAGGCCAGGGCACAGUGCCGGUGAGCUUGGGACUGCAUGGGUGCACUAGCAAGGCCUGCACAGCCCUGACCUCACCACCACUCUGUAGCUCCCAGCCCAUUUUAGAUAAGCUGCAGAAUGCUGGUAUCGGGAGGGCGGCUCACUGACAAUUACCCAGGGUUAACAACAGAAUGCUUAUUUGAGGAGCAAUGAAAACAAAUUCACAGCAAACUAAAGUUGGAGAUGAAUGGGGUUAGAACUAGUAAUCUCCUAAACCCAUUCCCAGCCAGUUAAUCCACCCUACCUUCUUCUUCUUCUUCUUCUUCUUGGCAAAAUGUCUUCCGUCACCACAACUAUCAUUCCACACUCCCUUCAACUCCUCUUUCCCUCACACACAUAUACACACAACGUAACAUACAAUUAUUUUAAUCAUGAGAAGAGUUAUGUUAGUGGAGCAGUUUAAAAUAUGUGUACAAAUAAUUUGCAAUAUUGUUUCCAAUCAGCAAUAUGCUGUUAAUUUUAUUGACAGGUCAAAUUGCUAGAUUUCCACAGAAAUGACUGAGAAAAAUGGCUUUUUUUCAGCCUGAACUCACCAGAACUCAGUUCCAGCACAUUUCAGAUGGGCUCCAUUGUCAUUAUAAGAGAACAAGAGAGGUGUUCAUGAUGAGUUCUGGCACCUCUUUUUCUAGAAAAAUAGCACUGCUGAGGAGUGUUUAGCUUCUUUAUAGUAGCCUAGAGUGUUUGCCAGCAUUGUAUUCUAAAUACACUUAUGUGCAUAAUGAGUCCUUUUUAAUUUCAGUGGAAUUUCAGUCCAAAGCAUGUGUUCCUAGGUUUGCAGCCUGUGCUGCAAACUGACAGUGUAAGCAGCAGAGCAAAGAAAAGUGAGAUCCAUAGAUGUUUGUGGAUUUAUUGAUCCUCUCUCAUUUAUUAUUUUGCAGUAUUAUUCUGAGUAUUUUCCUUUGAAACACAGCCAAAUUCUUUGAAAUUUAAAAUGUUGGGGAAACUGGUGCCAUAAAGAACUUUAUGCUUUCUGUUUUGCGUAAUGCUGAAAUAUGAAGAGCUCUUCUAAAAUACUGCUUGUAAAAUGCCAAAAAACCCCACCACUCUUAAUAGACAACGUUACACAUUUUCUAAAUAACAGAAAUGUUUUAUAGGUUUAAUAGUUUUUCUGUCCAUUUUUCUGAAGAGGCCCAAUCCUUAGUAAAUUCACAUUUGCACUGAACUCUUUAAAAUCACAUCUCCUAUACAAGAAGGAGAACUAGUAAAGUAAAUAUGUGGUGAGCAUCCCAGUCCCUUGCUGAAGAGUACUGACAUGGGCUUAAAGGUAUCAACACAAAUACAAUUAACUAUUUUUAAGAACAAUAAAGCUAUUCAGAAUUAAUGCUAAAGGAGCAAUAAUAAAAAGCAAGGACAUUUAGGAACACACACACACUGUAUGUAUAUGUAUAUAUUGCACUUGCCUGUAAAAGUGGAACAUAAAAACUACUGAUUUAAUCUCUGCAUUUGAAAAAACCAUCUGCUAAAUGCACGCUGAAGGCAUGGCUGUUUGGGGGGGGGAAAUGUAGACAAGACAUUAGGGAACUUAUCACAAGUUUAAUACACUAAUGUUAAGACUAUUCCCCCAAAUUCAUCUUCUUUGGGUUUAUUUUAUUUACCUUCGGCAUUUGUAUGCCGCCCAUUCAACAAUUUUUCUUUGGAAUUCAAUGGAAUUCAAUCUUGCCUAACUCUGUACACAGAUAAUCCAGCCAGGUAAAAUAAACAUGGUGUCCUAAAUAAUUAAAACAUUUGGGUGUUGACACAGAAAGCAAAUGUAGGAUGUUGGACUUAAACCUGUAUUUGAAUCUGUAAAUCUCAGUUUGGGUGACUUUGGGUCAGCAUCUUUCUUGGAGAAAUCUAUCACAUAGGAUUAUUUAUGAGGCUAACAUAGGAUUAUCUCCCAUAUACACUGCCCUGAGCAAUUGGAGGAAGGGUGAGACAUAAAUAUGUUAAUGAUAUAGUAUCCUUGGUAUGGCAGUACUACAGCGUGGAAGAUAAGGGAGUCCAUUUUGUUCUGCCUUGCUAUCCUUUCUGUCAUGCUAUGUUAACAUAGCUACAUGGGAGCCACUUCUCUCUAAUCAGACCACAUGGAUCCUACAGAACUGGCACACUGCUUCUCUGGCAGGAUGCUGAUUCUGAUUGGCACCCAUAUGAUGUGCCCCUUCCCACGUGGUUGGGUUACUUAAAUUUUUAAAGGUUCUGGCUUUAAGCCAUUACAAAAAAUUAAUUCAUAUUGAUAAAACCAUGUAAGAUAGAUUUGGUACUAUAUAUAAUCUUAUGGAAAUAAAUACACAUGCAAAAAUAAUUUCCAGAAGAGCAACCAUCUUGGUCUUUUGCAAGAAGAACAGCAAAGAGUCUUGUGACACCUUAAAGUUGAUUUCUUUUAUGGCAUAGUAUUUCACGGACUACAGCCAACAAUUCUAGUAGAGCCUAAAUGAGUGCAAAAUGAUUCUUCAACCACAGCACUAAAGGCACAAUUAGCAUUGCUAAGUGACAGUACAAUUAGAGAUUAGAUGCAUGCAAAAUGAGCACAGUGACCCUUAACAACAGUGGUGACUGGCAAUAAUAGAAUUAUCUUUGCAUCCACUAUUAAAUUAACUCCUGUAGUAGAACAAGAAACCAUUAUGUCCGUUCAGCCCCAAAUGAAGGAAGUUGAACUUUUUCAUAAAUUGCAAUUCAGCAGAUUUAUGCUGGAGUUUCCUUGUGAAGUUUAUUUGUUCUUCUCAUACUGCAGAAUUUUUCCUUUUCUGGUGCCAGAUUUGUAUACAUUUAUUCAUUUGUGUAGAGAUGGGCCUGCUUGACCUAUGUAUCUUCAAAAGGGCAUUGCUGGAAGGUGAUAGCAUAUAUCACACUGUAAGAUGAGCUGUAAGUGAGCCCAUGACGUUGUGGCUGACAUUAUUAGGUUCUGUAAUAGUGCUGCCAAAGUAGAUAGGGGGGCAGCGUUGGCAUCAGCUGGUCGCUUUGUUUGUGUCUCUGUUAUAUGUCCUAUUGUACCUAGUGACUAGCUGUUUUAAGUUGUGGUGGAUGGGGAUACUGCCUGUAAGCAAGACAUCAGAAAGGACAAUAUUCAGAAACCAGUAGGAGUACAUUUCAGCUUCUGGGGGCAUACACUCUGUUGACCUUAAAACUGUCCCUCUUGAACAAUGGAGCUUCAGAGGAGAUGAGACUGUGAAACUUCUGAAUUACAACUUACAAAGAAGUUCAGUUCUAUCCCCUGUGAUCUGAAUUCAGAUAACAGUUUUUUUUUUUGUUGUUUUUUUAGUUAACACAGCUGAUUUUUAUUGAUUUAAAAACUUUGCAAUGAUUUUUGGUUCUUGCCAAUAAACCGAGUAGCAUAAAAAUUAUAGCGGGGAUCAAACACUGGAGAUAAAUCACAAAAAUAAUAGGCCUAAUAACAUCUUUUUUCUUCAGAAUUGACAGGUAAACCUCAGUCUAACUGGAGAUCAAACAAAGGGAGUAGGGGAACUUCCAUUAUUGUUAGCAGGCAGGUCUGGUUCUGGAGUUGGGUGGCCUAACAGUGAGGGGGCUUGCAAUUAAAGCCACGUAAAAAAACGACCUACAUGGAGCAUCGAAUUAGAACAUUUGAUGUUUCUCAACCCUUUCCCUGGAGGAAAAAAGAUUCAGUUACAUUAAAAGGCAAUCAUGGCUCCCCCCCACCCCACCCCAGUGUUGGGAGCAAUAGCCCCCAGCAGCCCGUGUAGAUGCUGGUAGGUUUAUAAGAAGUGGGUGCUGAGAGAGAUGGGGAGGAACAAUCUCUAUUCAACUACAAAAGCCCUAACAGCAUCCAGCAAGCUUUGGCCAACAUCAUUCACAAGAAAGCAUCACACCAUUCCUUCAGGCAGCCAUAACAGUCUCUGGAUUGCUUGGCAUUGGCACCGCACGUGUCCUUCAACUACUCGCGGAAGAGGUCCUCAUCCUUCUUCAGCACUAAGAACUGUCCCAGAACCACGUAUGCCUUGUCAAAGCCUUUGUCUUCCAGCUUCCUGCCAAGUGCAUCUCCAAUGCCAGCUAAAGUACCAACAGACUUGUCCCGCAUGGGCUCAGCCACGAAGUCCUGAUGCUUCUGACUGGUGGUCAUGUUGCCUGCAGCUCUGCCUGCUCUCUCACCUCAACCGUCGCUCCCGCGCUCUCCUCGGUACCACUCCAGAUAACAGUUUUUGUUUUUUUUUAAUCCUACCAGAGGAGUUAAUUUACCAAUUGCACAAAUGCUCACUGUAUUUAUUUUUCAUAUACGUUUAAGCAGUUGUGAAAUUAUCACAGGCUACAUUGUUUUCUAUUUCACUUCCCUCUGACGAUGCUGUUUAAAUGUCUUUCUUUUCUUUUCAUUUUACUUUAUGUGCAUAGGUGUAUAUAUACCUGCCAACUUACAAUAUCACUUCAUGAGUCUGAUGAAGUGGACUGUAGUCCACAAAAAAGUAUGCUGCAGUAAGCUUGUUAGUCUAAGGUGCCACAAGGUUCAGCUGUCAAAAUAGAAAAUAUGUCAGAAGUACAUAGACUGGAGCAGAUAUUUAAAACUGACUGCAGUACAGUUAAGCACAUAGGAAUCCAUAUUAAGGUUUUGCCAAAGGCAGUGAAACCCACCACUCAUGGAAAUAUCUUUUUCAUUGCUAUUUACAAGCAGGAGGUCAAUUUUCUGUGAUAUUGAUCAAGACUUUGGAUCAAUAACUCUGGCAGAGGGUAAGUGUUACUUCUAGCUGUGCAGGACCCACCCCCAGAGAAGUGUCUCAUGUGUGGCUAGGGGAAAGGGCUCCUUGGUCAUUACAAAUUGUGCCCUCUACUAUGUGGCUGCCAAGAUGUGGGUUAGAAAAAACAAAACAGCUUACUAGGAACCAUCAAAUGGUGGUUAAGUCUGAUGGAAUUUAUGCAUGGCUUUACUGAUGAUGGUGUAGUGAUAGCUUGGACAGUAUGGUGGCAUAGUGUCAUACUUCUAGGGUGUUUUUGUAUGUAAUUCUGACAGGCUUUCUAGAUAACUUCCCUGAGCUUUAGCCAGUAUGCCUGAAAUCCAGGGAUGAUGGGAGUUGUACUCCAGCAACAUCUGCAGGACCACAUUGUUGGCAUGGUCUUAAGUAAAUUACCAACUCCAGUUGGAGCUGUUAUAGGAUCAUGACGCUCAGAUCAAUAAAGAUUUUUGUUUUUUAAUUUGAGUUUUUAUACUUUACAUUUUUGGGCCCCACUUGAGUGAUGUUCUGAUGAUCUGGUUUUCUAUCAGAGGAUUUCUUCAAGUCCUUGGCAAAACUCUUGUUUCCUUGGUGUGGUUUGCAUAUAUUACUCUUGUCUUAAUUUUUACAGUGUCCAAUAUCUGAAUGAAACACUCUGGCUUCAUUCCCAUCCAGGCAACAUUAUGCAGCCAUUAUAAUUGCAGCUGGCUGCUUUUCUUGGCUCUGGAAACACUUUCAAGGGGAAAAUGCUAAAAACAAAACACACAAAACUGGCGGUGGUUUGUGUGUGUUGUUAUCAACAAACAUGCUGGUUGGAACACAGUUUCAAACCUAUACGGUAUAAAUCUAAGUAUAUACUGGUAUAUAGAAGCCGUCUUGGGAAACUUUAUCAAUGUAAUGGUUAUAGAGCUGGAUCAGCGUUGUUCUGCAAAAUAGUGUGAGCUAAUUACAGAUAGUGAACCGUGAAGAAUGAGUACUAAUUUAUUUUUCUCAACCAAACGACGUGAGAAUUUUAAAAAAGAAAGACCAUGCUGUCUGACGAUUCAGGAGGUUUCUAGAGGCUUCUAACUUGUAAGAAGAGGACAGUGUUCCUAUUCCUCAUGUGACAUGUCAAGCUUGUGACUUGGUUUGGACACACUCUAUUAAGGGGCAGAGAAAACAGAUCACCAAGUUUAAGCUAACUGCCUCACGUCUGUGUGUUCGUGCCUGGUCUUGUUUAAGGCAUCAGGAGAGGUCAGAUGUGGUGAUGGGGACUUUUGAUGAGGAGACAGCUUCAGGACUCACUCAAUUUAUUCCAUAAACAAGUCUGUUCAGAUAGAUUGCUCCCCUGCUCCCAUUUCCUUAUGUUUUGGGGUGAGAGAAUGGGAUUUCAAGCUGUAAUGUGCCUGGUCAUUAUUAUAAUAAUGCAAGCCUCUGGAAUAUUAGCCUUGGACCCAUGGGCGUAGCCAAGAGUUAUGUUUGGGGUGGGCAGAACCUCAGUUCGUUAAGUAUUUUUAUUUAUUUACUUGAUUUAGGGGGCACAGGGGCCCCCCUGGUUCCCCUUGGCUGCACCCAUGCUUGGACCUUGCCUCAGAUCCCUCCUGUGCUACUAGCCUUCCUAAGUUUUACUGGGGAGUUCUUAAUUUGCUAUAGGCAAAUUACACACUCUCAGUCUAACCUACCUAACAUGGCUGUUGAGAAGCUAAAGAGGUCCACUCUGAGCUCCUUAGAAAAAGGACACAAUAUAAACUAAUAAGCUCAGAUAUCUUGUAUCGUUGCAGAAAAAGUAAAACUGAGUGGGGAAGGAUACACAUCUGUUUUUAAUUCACCUCUCUUAUCUAUUAAUAGUUAUUUUUGAUACUCUUUCCUCCAAUCAAUAUUACGAAACCUUUCUGUUAACAGUUCACAGAUUUUGUAUUUGCACUGUUUACAAGUUAACUACAGUACUUUACCGCAUGCUCUUGGGAUUCUUAAUGAGUUAAACAACAGUGCAUACAGGGGAUGUCUGUUGUUUUAGAUCCAUCCCUGUGAAAUACUUUUUUUAAAAAACUGGUUCCUGGUCUGUGUGAGGAUUAAAGAAAUACUAGUGAUUUACAUGCAUAGUCAAAUAAUGGUGUACAGUAGUUUCAUACCACUGUUGACACUAUGAUGGUUACAACUCUGUGCAUAUGAACCUUUUGGAAAGUGAUUUUAAUAAAAACUGCCUCAAACCUCCAUGUACAGUAAAUCAUGUGGCUCAUACCACAUGCUUAUUGAUGCCUUACAGUUAGUUUAUACAAUAUUUCUUGUGAAUGAUUUUUCUUUUAGAACUAGAUUUUUUGUGGUUAAUCUUAAGAUUCUGUUGUUUGUACUAUGUUGCUUAAAAGCCAGGCUUGCUCUGCUGUAGGUUUUGGGAUUGUUUGUAUAGUGCCAUCAAUAUAUCUGAAACGUGACAUAGCAAAAUAAGUGAAACAAAACAAGUCCCUGUUGUGAGGAGCUUGCAAUCCAGAUUGUAACAGUGGGGAAUAGAACAAGCUGUGUGUUGGGAGAGGGGGAUGACUUCAGUGAAGUUGUAAGGUAUGUGUUUGUAUGUGCCUAGAUUUUGUUUCAGCUUGGAAUGAUAACUAAAGAGUUAAGUUAAUGGACUGAAUUUAGUUGGUUGACAUAUUCCUAGUUCUCUAGAUCUUAUGUCUGCUUAUCUUCACCUCGUGCAAGUCUCAGGUUUCUGUUGAAUAAAUUGCCACUCAUGACGAAAUAAGACACUUCUCCUUGUCUGAGAUAAUCUUAGUGGGGAGUUCCCUAUUGUACUCCCUUCUGCCUCUUCCACCCCACCCCCUUUCUUGCCCCCAAAUCCCAUGUGACUCCUUUGUUGUUUGCUAAAAUUCACGGAAAGUUCUCCAGAUUGGCACCCCUGGCCAACCCCAUCUCAGCAUACCUAUUGAAAUCUGCUUAGUGGGAGGCCAAAGACAUGCAAAUAGAGAGAUUCCCCAUGGGGCUAGAUGUCAGAGGAUAAAUUGGAUUGCUUCUAAGGACAAAAGGAUCCUCCAGGAAAAGCUAGCCUGCCCUAGUUGUGAGCACAGAACAGUGUGAGGAAUGAUUUACUAUGUACCCACAGAUGUUUUUGGUGUGUGAGGAUUCUUUUUAGCAGCAAGUACUGUAGAAUCAUAAGCAUCACUGUAAGGUUGUGUCUUGCGUAGGGAUGAUGAAACUAUGCAUUCUGUCCAUAUUGUUAAUAUGCUGCAUUCAGACUUUUGCUGCAUUCAGACAAGUUAGUUUUCCCUUGUAAAUUGCCCUCCUUAAACUCAAUAUUUGUUCCUCUUGUUAACUAGGUUUUUUGUCUGUUUGGAGUGGGGGGAGGCACGUAAUCCAUAUUAUAUUUGCAUUGUACAUGUACAGAUAGAUAUGUUCUAAAAUCCUGUGUGAAUCAAAGUUGAAUGGAUGGUAGAAUUUCCCUACAAAAAGCUGUUUUCUCAGCCAUCCAAAGCAAAGUGAUCCAAUAUGUGCGUAUUUUUAGCUGGCCUUUCCUUUUUAGAUUUUGCUUUGCAAAUAUGUAGGUAGUUGAUUAGCAGUAAUAGACUGAAUCAACUGUAUAUGAGUAGCAGACUUCUAUAAAGCUAAAGCUCUGAAACAAAGGAAAUCCAGAGUACCUUUUUCCUUUUGACAUUUCUUCAUCAAUGGCUGUGCUAUAAUUGUGCCGUCUAGUUAGUUUUUUGUCCAUCAUUAAAAAUAUAUUCUCUGCAGUAGUUCUUCCACUAGAGGAAUGAUUCAUGUUCUAAAGCUGCACAGCCUAUUUCUUGUUUAUAUAUGUUUCACAGGAAUACUUUCUCUUUAGGGCUAUAACACUGCAUUGCCUGUUUCUGAUGAAGAUCUAAGUUAUAAGUAAAUUCCUGAAGAACAGUUGAAGUUCCUAUUGACUGCAAUGGGGAUGUUCCAGCCUCUGAUCGUUGAGUUGCGGGAAUAUUUAAAUAUGAAUCGGUGAGUAUUGUAUUCUGUUUUAAACUUGUUUUGAUAUUUGGCCUGUAUUUCUUCUCUUUCGCAUGCAUGCACGCAUGCUGUAAUUCAGCAAAUUGAGCAAACAAGAGUGCUUGUUGUAUCAGCACCUGCAGAGGAAAGAAGCUCAUAUGCUUAUGACCUGGAGCUAAUACAGUGGUACCUCUGGAUAUGAACGGGAUCCGUUCCAGAGCCCCGUUCGCAUCCUGAAGUAAACGUAACACAUGACUGCACGUGGUCACGGGUCGCGUUUUGCCGCUUCCGCGUGACGUCAUUUUGAGCGUCUGUGCAUGUGCGAGUGGCGAAACCCAGGAGUAACGCGCUCCGUUACUUCCAGGUUGCCGCGGAGCGCAACCCGAAAAUACUUAACCUGAAGCUACUUCAACCCGAGGUAUGACUGUAUACCCUCUGUGUAUGUGGGGCUCCUUUUAUUGUGGCCAUUUUCUUGUAUUCCUGCUAUUACUUAAGAGUAUUAAAGGAAUAAUUAUGUCCUGCUGAUAAUGUAUCCCAUGGUUUUAGACAAGUCUGCAAAGUGAAUUUCAUAAGGUACCACUUCCUAUUGCAAGCACACGUGCUGAACCCCUCUUUUCCUUGGCCUUUGCCCCACCCCCAGCCGGCCGUCCAUUGUCCUCCCAGGCUGGGGGCGGGACGAUAGCCACCCUGACCCAGGUGGGAGGCACCAGACCAGGUAAGCCCACUCAGUGUCACAAACCCUGCCCACCUGUUGGGAAGGGAGGGCGGAAAUUGUUUCGUAGGAGGAUUUUGCUUAACACCCUUGAUUAAUAGGAUAAAAAAAUUAAAAUCUGCCAGCAAGUAUCUAAGUAAACUUUUUGCUAUUGCCAUUUUAAAGGAAGAAACUGAGAUUAUCAGCACUUUUCCAUUAAUGCUGCAGGUACAAGCAUAGCUUAAUGACAGUAUAACUUUGUUUUAUCUAAGAACUCAGUAGCUUCCAUUUAUACUGAAAGUUACAAGGCCAUCUUUCUGUUUACAAAUAGCCCUGACAAAGAUGCUAGACUUUUAAAAGAAAUGUUACAAAUUAAUGCAAUACAACACAAGCUUUAUCAUUUAUUUAUAAAUUCUGCCAUAGGUGUACAUUGUGCAUUUAUUCUGUGUGUCCUAAAAAUGUUAGCAAGACUGUUUUUUUCAUUUAUUUUAUUUAUUAGUGCCAUGUUUGUCAGUGUGAAUAGGUAUACCAACUUUCCCCCAUAAAAGUGUGUAUUUUCCAUUAUGUUUAUUUUGAAAUUUUUUGUAUCGCCAAGUAUUCUUGGAGCAAUUUACAGAAUAGAAAUAAAACGGAUGUAAUGGAAACAUUAACAAACUGAAGUAGAAGUCAGCAGCUAAAAACUGGCAGCAAUAAAGUCAUCACUGUUUCACAGUUAGAAACCUGGGACAACUAAAAGAUCUCUAUCUGGUGCUGAAAAGAUAACAAAGUAGGCACAAGGUGAGAAUUUCAUUAAUUGGGCAGCAGAACGAGAAAACCUGCAGCUACGGCUGCCUCAUUUGUGAUGGUUUCAUGUAGAUCCGCAGUGGGGAACCUCUGCUAAUUUAGUCACGGGGCCAUAUUCCUCAAACCACACCCGCUUGUGACAUCAGGUGUCGGAAAGGAGAAAACAUGGCUGUAAAGGAAUAAUUGAGAGCUUUAACAUUUGCUUUCAAUUUUUCCUUGGCCAGCACAGCCCACCCCAUCCCGCCUCAGCUGCAUCCUGCAGUUCACAAUCAGAGCUCCCAAGCAUAGUAGAUCUCUGCCGAAAUGGAGCAUUGCAGGCGUGCUGACCAGCUGAUUGGCACUGACUGCAACACCCACGGGGACCUGCCUCAGGGAUCUUACUUUGCAAUCUGCUCGAGUUCAAGUAAGUCUGCAAAGGAACCUUUUUUCUGCAAAGGGAAGCAAUGUACCUGACAUCAUGGAUCCCUCCCACCUAUCAAACUGGUCUGCAAGGGUGAGGGAUUUCAGGAUCCAGUCCACUGACCAUAUCUGUUUCUCCACUCCCAAUGAGGAAGUUAAGAAGCAUGGAGGAUAGGACGGAACCUUGCGGGACGCCAACAAAACAAAACAUAUUAUUUAUUAUUUGUUUAUUGCAUUUAUAUGCUGCCUUUUUCUCUGAGGAGCUCAAGGUUGCAUACAAGAUUCUCCCCCUCCUCAUUUAAUUCCCAUAACAACCCACUGAGGUAGGUUAGGCUGAGAGGCAGGGACUGGCCCAGUUUCACCCAGUGAGCUUCAUGUCCAAGUGGGGAUUUGAGGCCUGGUCAUCAUCCGACUCCGCAGUGUCAUUGGACUGAGCAGAAACCUCUCAGCACCACAUUCUUGAAUCAGCUAACCAGCUUGCAGCACAACCACUGCAACAUGGUACCUGCAAGCACUAAUCUAGAGAGUCCAUCCAAGAUCAUAUUUUGGUUUGUAAGCAUGCUUUAAACUUCAUUUCCGUGGUUCAGACAUCACAGAAAACUGGCUUAUGAAGAGAGGGAAGGGGAAGUGUUCAUGCACAAGGCUCAUUCCCAGCCUGAUAUAACAGGGGCAUAUUGGACUGGAACCAUGAUGUGUGAAUCUGGCUUUGGUGUUAUUUAUAAUACUUAGCCCCAAGUCAGAUAUGUUUACCCUAGUUUUGUUUUGUUUUUUAAAUAUAAAGUUUGCAUUUAAUUCGGUAAUAGGUAGAAUGCCAUGUUUUGGUUUUAAGAGCAUUAAAGUGCAGGUUUAAAUAUAUUUGUUGGUAUUAUAGUCAGUUUUUUAAAAGGUUUUUUUAUUUUUUAAAAGAAAAGCUAUAUAUGAAACAUUUGAAAAAUCACAUUUAAAAUUCUAUUUUUAAUUAACUCUUGAUUUUUAUUGACUGCCUCAAAGAGAAUUCCUGGGCCAAUGUUGUUGUAUAAGGAUGGGUAAAAUGCCUCUGCAAAUUGUCUGUGGCUCACAAGAGGUCUGGUUAUACUUGUAAGCGUGAUCAUUCUAGAGAAUUUCAAGGCUAAGUGAGCUUACUAUGUAAUGUUAAUUACAGUUUCUGGAAGAAGUGUUCUGUUUUCUACCUAUCACGAAUUAUAGUGGUUCCCUACCGGUUGAUAUAGAUUCCUGAGUAAUUUCAAAACAAUGGGAAAGAAAAAUAAUUUUUAAAUAUUAAUUCAGAAUUAAGUUGAAACAAAUAUGUAGAUGUGGACAUAUUGGCCAUGUUUGCGUGUAACAUUAAGCCAGACCACGGUUUAGCUCAAACGUGCUGCCUCCCAGGGAGGUGACAGAUGCUUUGUUGCUCCGCUAGGCCAAGGUUUUUCUUACCUGGGAUCAUGGUUAAACAUUCUGUUUUUUUAACCACAAUCUGUAGCAAAUGUUUUGUCUUUGCUACAGCUCAGGAUUGCUGCAGCUCUAUAUAAUUCAUAACUUAGUUAGUUCUUGAAGAGCUAAGCCUUGAAAAAUAGCAUGAUAAAAAGUCUAUUAAAACAGCAUAAUAUGAUUUAGUAAUGUUAUUUCUAGUGAAUAAAUGUUUUCUGUGCAGUAAUCUGCCUUUCCUGGCAUGGAAUUCAGGUUGCGUACAAAUGAGACAUUGACCUUAUUUGUAUGUAGUGCUAAACUAUGGUUUAGCAAUAUGUGAACAAGUCUUGGGCCUGUGAGCUGCCCUGUACAUGACUGCUGCCAGGAAGAAAUUUGGAAGUGCAGCCACACUGGAUGAAGAGAGGAGAAAUGGAAGAAUAACACAAGCCCAAGACUUCACUGUGGCUUACCCUUGUAAUGCUAAACCAUACAGUGGUGCCUCGCAAGACGAAAUUAAUUCGUUCCGCGAGUUUUGUCGUCUUGCGAUUUUUUUCGUCUUGCGAAGCACAGUGUCGGGAAAGUUUUGGAAAAGCUUCAAAAAUCACCAAAGUCUUUAAAAACCUCAAAAAAGGCCACACCGCGUUCUAUGAGUUGCUCCUCGAAGUCAAGUUGCAACUGUAUUAACGGUGUUAAGAAAAAGGAAACAAACUUGCAAGACGUUUCCGUCUUACGAAGCAAGCCCAUAGGGAAAAUCGUCUUGCGAAGCAGCACAAAAAACAAAAAACCCUUUCGUCUAGCGAGUUUUUUGUCUUGCGAGGCAUUCGUCUUGCGAGGUACCACUGUACUUAAGCUUUAUGUGUGAGUCGGGCCAUUGUGUGUUUAGAGAUUGUGCAGUCUGAUUUUAAUUUUGUUUAUACAACAUAUGGCCAUGGAGUAUCUGCAGUGGAGUCCCUAAGACAGUUGGAUGGCGCCUUGUAUGUCUCCUUCCAGCAACUCCUGCAGCCAAGCUGGUGCCAGAUGUAUGGCUCUGCUUUCCUUUGGACCACAUCAGCAAGGCCAAAGGGUGGUGGUCUUGUUGUCUGGGCAGCCCAGGACCUCCAUACACACUACCCAGGCUUUUGGGGUGGCUUUAAAAAAUAAUAUAUGACUGUAUUUUUUAAUGUGUGCAGUUACUUAAGUUCUUUUCUGUCUCCUUUGCAAGGUUAAAGCAGUGGAGCUUUAUGUGAGACAUGGAUAGAUGCAAACAUGUUGGGCGGCUACGACUUGCCCAGGACCAUUCUAUUCUGAACCCCCAGAAGUGGCACUGCAUGGACUGCAACACCACGGAAUCUGUUUGGGCCUGCCUGAAAUGCUCCCAUGUGGCUUGUGGAAGAUAUAUUGAGGACCAUGCACUUAAGCAUUUCGAAGAAACCAGGCAUCCUUUGGCCAUGGAAGUUAACGACCUGUACGUGUUUUGUUACCUUUGCGAAGACUAUGUGUUGAACGAUAAUCCCGAGGGUGACCUGAAAUUGCUUAGAAGUUCUCUAUCUGCAAUUAAAAGCCAGAAGCAUGAUCCGUCUGCUAAAAGUGGUAGGACGCUACGGUCAAUGGCUUUGGGGGAGGAUGUUUGCAGUCAUCAGAGGGCCCCUCAGGGAAAGCCUCAGAUGCUUACAGCUCUCUGGUACAGACGGCAGUCAUUGCUAGCAAAAGCACUACGGACCUGGUUUGAUAAGAGUUCUAGAGGCCAGCGAAAACUAGAACAAAAGAAACAAUUGGAAGAGCUGGAGAGGAAGAAGGAAGUGGCCAGGCAGAGGCGUCAAGAAAUGAAGCGGAGAUUGCUGGAGGAAUUGGCAAACACGCCUCCAAGAAAAAGUGCCCGGCUUUUGUCGCACAUCCGCAGAGAGAAUCUCAUUCCUCGGAAAUUCAGAGAUAUGGAAGCAAGUUCCCCUACCUCAAGACGAGUGCAGAAUAGCAAAUUCAAACAAUUCUAUUCCAUCCGGCGUAAGCCUCAAAUGACUCCUGGUGUGACUGGACUAAAGAAUCUAGGCAACACAUGCUAUAUGAACUCAAUCCUUCAAGUUUUAAGUCACCUCCAAAAGUUUAGAGAAUGUUUCUUGACGCUGGAUCUUUGUGAAACUGAAGAACUCUUAGCUAAGACCGUGAAUGGAAAGUCUAGAAUGUCUGGAAAGCUGGUCAAUGGGCCUGCUCCAACCGAUUCAGGGAGGAAUGAUCAACUGGGUUCAUAUGGCAGGCAGAGCCUGCCAGCUGGCUUAAAUGGCGGGUCCUCAAUAAGCAAAAGUUUAGAACUUACACAGCCCAAGGAGCCAAGUUCAAAGCACAUCUCUCUCUGUCAUGAACUGCACACGCUCUUCAGAGUCAUGUGGUCUGGGAAGUGGGCCUCGGUCUCUCCUUUUGCCAUGCUGCACUCUGUGUGGAGUUUGAUUCCAGCGUUUCGAGGUUAUGACCAGCAAGAUGCUCAGGAAUUUCUUUGUGAAUUGUUGGACAAAGUGCAGCAGGAGUUGGAAUCUGAAGGAACAAAACGCAGGAUCCUCAUCCCUUUUUCACAGAGGAAGCUCACCAAGCAGGUCCUGAAGGUGGUGAACACCAUCUUUCAUGGGCAGCUGCUCAGUCAGGUAUGCAUGUUAGCCAAAUUUAUGUUUAUCAAAGCUAGAGGCACUUUUUGGUGACAGUAUUUAUGAAUAACCAAAUAUUAAUGCAUGUAUCUGGCAAAAGGAGAAUUUGUAGUAUACCUUAAGUGAAAUUUGUCAUUUUCAGCAUAUUUUUCUAAUGGAACAAAAUUAUAGUAGUAGUAGUAGUAGUAGUAGUAGUAGUAGUUUAUUGCAAUUGUGGGGGGAUUGUGAGGUUUAGCAGAAGAUUCAGGUGGGGGGAUUAAUUUCCCUUUUCAGCAACUCAUGCUGCUAACAGAACCAUGUUAGAGUCUUUGCUAUAGUUUAUACUUACUAUUCCAAAUAUGGCUGGGGAUAGAUAGGCUUUGUUUAUAUAAUGGGUGUAGAGUUUUGUUGUUGUUUUUUUGCAAAGCAUGACUGUGGCACUAUUUUUUCUCUCCUCCUAGUUAGGUGCUUUUGGCUGUUUCCACUUAGCUUUUGCAAACUACAUCGUUAACCCAUCAGAAUCUUUUGGGAGAAUGAGGCAAAGUUUUCUCCUCCACUCCCGUUUUUGUUUUCAUUUUUGCAAAAUAUCAUACUAUUAUGUUCCUCAUUCAGAAGCUCCCAGGUAUAUAAUACUCUAAGUCAGGCAUCCCCAACCUUCGGCCCUCCAGAUGUUUUGGACUACAAUUCCCAUCAUGCCUGACCACUGGUCCUGUUAGCUAGGGAUCGUGGGAGUUGUAGGCCAAAACAUCUGGAGGGCCACAGGUUGGGAAUGCUUGCUCUAAGUAGACAUUAUAGGCAGUUCUCAUGUAACACCAUGCUGUGGUGGCUUGACAUUACAUGAGUGAAUCUUGGACAUUCAAGAUUCCUUUCCUCACAAGCUCUGACCCCACCCCACCCCACUUUCUGGUUCAUGUCAUUACAUCCAGAUUAACAAACCUUGCUUUCAUUACAACUGGAAGUCAGGGAGGAAAUCAGUGCAUAUAAUGCCAUUGGCUUUAGGUAUAAAUUGGAGCUAUGUUGCAGUAUGCAUCUUUUCACAGGUUUGGUCUAGCAAACUGGGUAAAAUACAUUAUUUCUUCUUGGUGAAGCAAUUAACAAAAACAAACCUAUUACCCACUAAACAGCAAUAUUGGUAUCAUAUAACAAAAUCCUCUUGAACAUACCAAUAAACUGAAGAACUAUAUUCUGCAACUCAUUAUAGCGAUGAAGAAAAUUAAAUAGAUAUGGGCAUUUAUCAAUAAAUCAAGUUAGAGGAAUUACUUAAUGGAGUUGAAUUUUUUUAAUAUAUAAAUUUUGAAUGAAAAGUUUUAAUUUGAGCAAAUAAUUCAGGCCUAUUAAGAACUUCAUUUUAACAGAACUGAAGUCAUAGUAGCCAUAGAUUUCAGUAGGACUGAAUUCAUUCUUAGACUAGAGAGUUGUACAAAGGCAGUAUGAUCAAACAAUAGAAAUUAUUCUGAAGAUGCCUCUCUGUCCGUAUCUGGGAAUUUCCAGGCAGAACCUCUCUCUUACAGAUUGUUACAGACUUACUUAGAGCACAGAAUAAGCCAUAUUUUCUUGGCUGCUAAGCCUCACUCACUGGCCUCACAGUGUCUUAUGAGAUGGUAUCUGUAUAAAUGUAUGUCUUAAUAAAUAAACCUUUUCUUGCUAGGUCACUUGUAUAACAUGUAACUAUAAAUCUAAUACUGUGGAACCUUUCUGGGAUCUUUCCCUGGAAUUUCCUGAACGGUAUCACUCCAUCAACAAAGGGAUUGUGCCUGUUAAUCAGACGGAGUGCAUGCUGACUGAAAUGUUGGCCAAAUUCACAGAAACAGAAGCUUUGGAAGGAAGGAUUUAUGCAUGUGACCAGUGCAACAGUAAGUGAAAGACUGAUGUGUUACUUACAGAUUUAAUUUUCCAUUGUGCCUGGUGACACUAUAACAGGUGCUUCCACGAUUCUUGACCUUCCAUUCAACAGUUCCGAAAACUGUAAAAAGUUGUUAAUAAUAAAUAAUGCUUUAUAGUGCCAUCAGUGAUAUUGAUGUUGAACAUCACAGAAGGUAAAAGGGUUUUACUCCACUUAGAACUAUACUGAAAUGUUACUGAAAGUAAUGGGAAGAAGUCCUAUAUUAUCCUUCUGCAGAUGUCCUCUCUGGUUGUCAAGGCAACAAUUAUUAUUAUUAUUCUUAAUAAUAAUAAUAAUAAUAAUUUGCCAGAUUGCUAAAACAGAGAAGUUCUCCUAACCGAAUAGGGUAGAGACAUGGUUGUAGGAAGAACCUGUUCUUUUUAGGGUCUUUUAUGUUCUGAAAAACAGAAAGGAAAGCUCAUUGAGGAAAAGCAGUAAUGUCUCCAGAAGAAUAACAACUACAGUGAUUCCAUCAUCCAGUGCUAAUGUUAUGCAUGUUUAUGGUGAUAAUGCAGGCAGGCUGGAACUGUGUUGUUUGCUUUUUAAAAGAAACUGAUAACAAUAAAACAGGGUUAAACAAUUGAAAUUAAUUGAAAUUAAUUAUAGAAAUUGGGUAAGUUUGCAUACCCAAUUGAUCUGCUGAACUUACAGAGCCAUUCCAUUCUUUCUGUAUUGGAGAGAACUCUUCCCUCCCACCCUUCCUGGUGACAGCUUCUGACACAGGUGACAGGCGUCUGUCUGGUUUAAGGAAGUAUCAAUUGCAGAUUAAAAGUUGCUUGGGUUGGUUUUGGCAGAAAUUGGGUUGGUUUUUUGUUUCGUUUCAGGAUGCUAUUAAAAACGGGAAUAGAAUUUGAGAGCCUUAGGUAAAGAGUUCUUCACUACAGGAAACGCCAUACUUCACUGUUGUAGCCUUCCUCAAGCGUUUAGCUACACACAUUUUCAUGUGUUCUUUUCUGUGUAUUCAUGAAGACACAGAAUGGCCUGUUUUUAAACAUUGACACUGAGGAUUUCUUGCAUUUGAAGCUUUGCUUUGAAUCUGUCAGUAUGAUAGUACCUUGGAAACACGUUAAUACACCCGUGCUUGCAUAUUAUCUCCAAUUUUAUUUGUGGAUUGCUGUCCUAGGAUUGGGGUACAUAACUAUAAAUUUUUGCCAAGGACACUUUGCCGAAUUCAAGAUAUGUUAGCAUUCCUCCUUUGUUUCCUUCUUGAUAAUUAUUCAAAGUUGCCAUGUAGUCUCAAAAAUAAUGUGUAUUGAGGUUGCAGAGAUAAAACCUUGGGAUACUAUUUGAGAUAAUUAAUAAGGGAACUAUGACUUUUAGAAUAGGAUAUAAAUCAUAAAUGAUCAAGGAGAAACUAUAGAUGUCAGCUAUAAUGUAUGGCUGGGAAUGGUUUUUAUUCAGACUUCCUAUAUCAAAAUAUGUUCAGGUGAGUAUUUGUCAUUUAUUUUUAAAUAGGUUUUCUAGGGAUUGGUAUCACAGUGGAGUGGGCAGCUGUGGAAAAGACUUAGAUGACAUAUGUUUAUUCUUGAGCUAUAAACAAAGAGUCUUCUGGCAUCUUAAAAGGCUUAAGUGUAGGUUUAGAAGUAAUACUUCCAGUCCUCCAAACCAUUGUUUGUAUGAUUAGUCCUGCGUUUGCACAUACUCCUCCUCUUACACACUCAUCUGAAUGAGUAAUUUCCUGGUUUAAUCAAACCAUGGUUUGCUGUUUGCAUCUGAAUUGACAAUGUGCAAAGUGUAUUUACAUAGUUGUGUUUUUAGAAGCUUUGAAUUACUCUGAAAUGUUAAAGUGUAGAAAUUACUAACCGUUAACCUACUAAUCUUCUCAGGAAUUGUUCUGGUGCUAUGUGAGGUGUGUGUAUGUUUUAGUAGAGUUUACUUUAAAAUACUAGUUUGAGAAAAUGUCUUCAUCAUUUCUACCUAACCUGGUGGCUCCAUCAAUCUCUCUCCUCUGCAGACGUUGUCAUUAAGCAAGGGAAUUUAUCCUAUAGAACUUCAUGGGACUUGGAUCUAAGUAAAAGUGCUUAGCAUUGUGCUGAAAAUAAUUUUCAAAUAAGCAGCAUGAAACCAUAAACAGAUGGUUGAAAAAUGACUUGCAAGAGGAAAUAAAGCAUGUUUCAAAUUUCCAGCAAAUUCAUGUGGUUCAAACUUCACAUACUGAUAGAGUUGCUGAGAGAGACCUGAGGAGAAGUUUCCAUAGCAUUCACACUUUGCAGCUUUAUUGUUAGUUUCCGGCUGCUGAAAGUGGAAAGGUAGAAGACUUGCUGUUGGUAAUUUUUUCUUUCAAAGACAGGAAGCUGUAACUUGCCCUCUGUUUUGUCCUUUCUUAAUUGUUACGUAGGCAAACGGCGGAAAUCUUCUCCCAAACCUCUUAUUCUAAGUGAAGCUAAAAAGCAGUUAAUGAUCUACAGACUACCUCAGGUCCUCCGGCUGCACCUUAAACGAUUCAGGUGAAUUGGAGGUGGGCGGGGGAAUAAAGGAUCGCCUUUGUAUCUGAAGCAAUGGUGUGGAUAUAAUUUUUAUAUUAUUACUGGACGUUUUAUUAAAUGGCACCCAUACAUACCUUUUACUUUUGAAGAGAAAUGUAAGAAUGUUUCAUGUCCCUUUUUGAUUCUCUGUCAGAACAGAGCACAGAUGAAGCACCCAUUUGUAAAAAAGAUCUGAUGCACACAGUAAGAGGCUCCUUGUUUGUUUUAGAACCGUUCUAGCACAAUAUUAUCCACUGUAUUGCAGUGUGCAUUUGUGCCUCUGAAUUCACAUCCCUACUUCUUUCCAAGCGCUAUGCUUGAACUCCUGUUGAUUGUUCUUCCGAUAUUGUAAAUGGAUUCAAGUUAUUGCAAGUUGGAAUUCUUCCAAGUACUGUAGUCAUGAAUCUGCAGGGCAGUGAAGAGAUUUGUCUUUCAAAGUGGCAUUAAAGGCUGAUGUCUUCCCGGGAGGGUAGAUGUGGGAGGAAUUGACUCAGCCUUUUGACUACCAUAGGAGCACCAGUGGAGUAAGUUUGAAUAGACAGAUCUGUGGAUAGAAGUGACAACACAACUGCUGCAGUUCAUGGGUUUGCAGCCGCAAUAUGUUAUAAUGAAAGCAUAAUCAAACAGGCUUGUGUGUUGUAACUGUAGAGCUUCCUCUAACAUAUCUGAUGCUGACAUCUGUUAAACAGGUGAAAUUGUAACCAAAUGAGUAAGCUUAUCCUUUCCACCUAAAAAUGAGAAUUCUGAAUCCAAUAUUAGCUUGUUUUAAAUGUCAUCACUAUUCACUGUUAGUGGGUAUCCCAUAGCAGGUUGUGAUUGUAGAUAAUUGUACAAUUCUGUUUAAUUUUAUGUUAAAGAGGAUCUCUAUUUUGGCCACCUCCAUGGUUGAGAUUUUUCACAAAGUGUGUUUUGUUUGUUGUAUCCAUUUUUUUGCAGAUAUUUAAAACCUCAGAACAAGAUUCUUUAAUUAGAUUCUUUAAUUAUGCCUAUCUUUUAGCAGGAAAAACCCUUUUGUAAUAUUUAUGCCUAAAUGAAUGGGAGUUCUUUUAUUGGGCCAACUUACAUCCACUAAAUAGUAUUGACUUACCCAUCUUACAUUUCUAAGAAAGCAAGAAGGCAGAAAAUAUUCUUCCCAACUUGGAGAUGUAUUUUUAUUUCUAAUUGGUAAUGUAAUUAUUUUUGAGUUUAUUAAAAUGUAAUUGCUAACGACCUAGGAAGCUACUUUGAAUCACUGCUAAGCCUGAUGAUAGUCCUUUACUAAAUCAUGGUUUAUUGAUCAUCAGUUUCAGAAAAUAAUAAAAGUAGUUUGAAAAGCAGAACAGUUUUCAAAAUGUAUUACAUGGAAUAAUACUGUUGAAGAAAUAUGUUUUACAAAAGCAUGUAGAAAGGCCUGUAUUUCAUAUUGUACAACAGACUAUAUUAAAUGCAGUAAAUUAGGACCAUUCAGUUGAAAUUUUUCAUCAAGUACACUAUCCAGAAUAUCAUAAUUCUUUGAAAUCUUGUUAUAGCUGUGCUACAGCUGUCAGCGCCCCUGCCAUAUUUUUUUUAAAAAGCCCUUUUGAUUGCAUGCCUUUGUAUUGCAGGUGGUCUGGGCGUAAUCACCGUGAGAAGAUUGGGGUCCAUGUCCUCUUUGACCAGGUAUUAAACAUGGAACCUUACUGCUGCAGGGACACUCUCUCUUCUCUUGACAAAGAGACCUUUGUCUAUGACCUCUCGGCUGUGGUGAUGCAUCACGGGAAAGGGUUUGGCUCAGGACAUUACACGGCAUAUUGCUACAACACAGAGGGAGGUGCGUGUGCCUUCUUAUAGGGAGAACUUUUUUAACUGAUUGCAUCUUGUAGAAUUACCACUUCUUAAAAAUGUAUUUGUUUCCUUCAAUAUUAUAGCUGUUUCCACAGUACAUCGCUAGUAGUAUAUCUGCUGGUAACACUAGGAAUUAAACUGCUUUUCUUCUUGCUUGUAGUCAUUCGGAAUAGAUUAUAUUGCUUGCUCUUGCUCUAAAAAAGAAAAGUCAUAUUCUAUUUUUCUUUUACUUAAUAUCCACAUUGAAUUAAACUAUUUUGCUUGCUCAGUGAAUUGCUAUUUCUCUUUCUCCAAACUAUAAGCAGACUUGUUCAGAUGAUAAAUUCACACUGAAUGGAGAACAUCCACACUUCCUUAUUGUCUUGCAUCUCCCUUCAAAAUGUUAAUACAGCAUAUUUCCCCAGCCAUCUGGAGAAAAGCAGAAUUACAAUUAUCUUUUCUUGAAUUUUAUCCAGGAUAACACUAUAAAAUGGGGAAGCUUAGAUAACAUAGCAGUAUAUUUGGCUGAGACCCAGAAAGCCCCUUUUAGGAGCAGCCAUAUGUUUGGGAUUGCUUAUUGGAAUUGUUGACUUGUAUUCCUUGAACAGCAGCAGAACCAUAGUAUGUCAAAAACUGCUUUGGAAAGUCCCCUUGAGUUUCAAAAAUGACUUGCUUUUGAGCUCAUGGGGCUGCUGUUCAAUACAAAUGUCCCUUUGGGCACAUUAUAUUGUGGUUCUCUCUGUAGCUUCUGUAGAAGUGCUACAGAAGCUCAAGGGGUCAUCUGUCUAUGGACCAGUUCAAAAAAAAAUUAUUUGUCAGGAUAAAUCCCUGCCAUUAAUAAAUUGUGUUUCCUCUCCUUUUUAGGGUUUUGGGUCCACUGCAAUGACUCCAAACUGAAUGUAUGUAGUGUGGAGGAGGUAUGCAAAACCCAGGCCUACAUUCUUUUUUAUACUCAAAGAACCGUGCAGGGCAAAGCAAGUAUCUCAGAAACACAUCUUCAAGCUCAGGUGCCGUCCAAACACAAUGAUAAAGAUAGAAGACUGACACUCCCCUGAAAGGAAGCAUCAACUGGCUUAUUUUUAUUUUAUUUUUUUAAAAGCCUUUUGGAGUUCACUCAUCUUGGCGGGAACAAAUACUGCUGCAGGAAUUAUUUGGAUCCACAGUCCGGAAAAGUGGGCCUCCUACUAUGUGCAACUGUUCGAUGAGAUUGUAGCAGAACAUCUAUUUUUUUUAAGGACAGAUGUAUUUGUAAAACCCUUCGUCCUCUAAACAAAACAAAGAGUAACAGCCUCCAAUGUCUAGGACUAUUUAUCUUCUUUCAAAGAGAAAUCAUUAUGGCAUGGAAAAGUAGGUGCAUUCAAAUUUCUGUGUACAACCAGGAUAUAAAGCCAUCAAACUGACCAUAAAUAUAACAAUUCCUCCAGAAAAAGAAUGAAUCAACACAGCUGACUUAAUCCUUGAUCUCUUGAUGUGGUGAACUGUUGUUGCACCUCUUGGUGUAAAUAACGUAGCCAGUUAUUAUACAGUGUAUAAUAUAGUCACCAUCCAUCUUUCUAACCCAGCGUAAUUUGGGUAGAUGGUGUUGUACUGUACUAAAACACAUGCUAAGAUCUUUUACACUAGGAAAAUGUGUUCAUCAACCCUUGUUUAUUAUUUUUGUAAUGGGCAUUUCAUCUUUUGUCGCCUGAAGUCAUUCCGGUUUCUUGGAAUGAACAAAAGCUGAAAUUAUACAGAACGCUGAAUAUGUCACAUAUUUUGAGUAUGUACUAAAAAUUAGAGAAACUAUUUUUCUUCCCCUCUAUUUUCAGCAUCUUCUAAUAAGACAAAAACUUAGACUGAAUUUACAGUCUACAUUUUCCACUGUAAUGAUUGCAGUUGUUCUGGGUUAGCCUUGGCUUUUGGGGCUUUCCUUAUGUAUUGGCUAUAACAUGAUGAUCACCAUAUGAAUUGGUCACGUGACUCCACCCAGUUUCACAGUUGAGGAUUAGAUUUCCUGUACUAAUUACUCAUUUUCUUUUUCUUCUGCUGCUGUUGGAACAUAUCAACUCUUGCCCUAAGUGCAUAGCAACUUUUCAGAUGCAAAGAAGAACGGACAGGGAAGUAGCAGCCAUCACACAGAUAAAGCAAGUGUCCUGAAUUUUGUCAACUUCCUCCCUGUCGUAGUGUUUUUUGGGGCAAUAGGAAGGGUAUCCAUCCUCAUUCUCUUCUCUAACCCCCAGAAAACUAGCUCCAAACUGUGAGUGUUUGUCAUCACAGUAUGCUUAGGCACAUGAACAAGGUGUAACAAUUCAUUAGUAUGCUACCCUGUGUUGAAUUACCAUUAAGAGCUCUUGCUGACCUUAAUUAUUACCACUGUUUCAUCUCUGUAGAAAGGACAGGACUCUGUGUGGCUAAACAAACAACUUGUUGCUUUGGAACUUGGAAAUAUUGAUACCAUAGCAUAAAAAUCCUACAAUUGUGUAUUAACAAAGAUAAAGAUAACUUUCCUUGGGUUUGUAACUAGGCUUUCGGGGCUCUUUUUUGCCACCAGUUGUAUCAAGAAAUCAUACCCCUAACUGCUCAUAAGAAAUAGGCCAGUUAAAUUGUGACAGAAAUCAGUGCAGCAUCAUUGUAAAUCAGGUGAAGUUUGACUCUGAUAUGGAUGGUGAGCUUCACAAAAUUUGAGAAAUCUAAUCCUGCAAUUGUAAUGAUCAAAUAUCAGUGUUUAUCUGCUACAGGGUUCCUCUGUUAGAGCAGAACACAUGCAUUUCAGUAAACAAUUCUGGAGAAGAGCACAGGUCUUUUCAAAAUUCCUGAAGAUCGUCUUGCUCAGUAUAGGAUUUAGCUUUUCAAUGUAAAUUAGAAAUUUCUGGGGAAAAUGGAUCUCAAAAAGAUGGACAGGUGUCUGGUGUGCACAAGUUUUUCUCAAGUGCUUUCUUGCUUUCUGUGGCUACUGUGAACCCAUCUUUCCAAGUCCAUUGAUAGCCUCCUGAUAUUAGUAAAUAGCAGGUUUACUAAAAUGACAAAAAUCUAAGCGUUUGCUCCUUCUUGCAUUGGAAGUAGGGAGAAAAUAGCAGGGGUUUGCCAUGAUUUGGGACUGUGCAGCGCACACUGAUUCCAGUAGACAUUCUUCUGCUGUUUGGACUGGUAGUAAAAAGUUCAGGUGUACUGAUCAGCAUGUCUGAUACUCCAGAAAGUUCUGUCGGCAAGCAUCCUUAGUAAGAAAUUCAGUUAAUGAAGCUCAGCUCAUACUCGUUGUCUUGAGAGCAGACACAACAGUGUUUUUAAAUAUAGAAAGCUGAAUCCCUACAAAUCAUGAUGCAGCACUGCAGUAGCAGAUAGGGCUGCAUUGCUAUUCUGGCUUCCAAAGAUUGCAUUGCUGCCAUUUACCACGGGGAGGCAGCAAAAGAACAGGGCAUGGCAACAGGGCUCCUGUGCACAGUGCUGAGCUCCCCACUGCCUUGCUGCUUCCCCUCCCAGUACGUGGCAGCAUUGCUGUAUUUGGGAGCCAGGAAAGCAAUGCAACCCCACCUGCAACACCCACUACUGAAUGCAGCUCUGAAACCAGAUUUCUCAGUAGUAUGGCUGCCAACUGACCACAGCCUAAACUGAUCAUUAGUAGCAACUUGAUGUCCAGACAAUAGAUGUGGAGCUUUUCACAGCAUGAAGAUAAACACUAUCACCUACUGUUGCCUCCACAUCAAGCUGCUGUUAAAGGUGUAGCUAGAGUUUGAUGGAGGAGCUGGCAAGCCUACUGUUAAUACUCAUCUUUUGACUGGGUAUUUCAAACAUCUUUUAAGUUUUUGAGUAGGUGCAGCUGACGCCUAAAUUAGAUGCAUAGUGUAGGCGGGAGGGUCGUAUGGGUACCAUGAAUGCUUUGUGUUUCCUAAGCAGAUUUGGACAGUAGUUGCCUCUCAUGUGAUUAAUGGGGUGGCACAAGAUGUGGAAAUGAGUGCAAUUGAAAGUUACCUGGAUAGGGAAAGAAGGAACUGUGCUUUUGAAUUGUGCUUGCUGUUUCCAACACUGUGAGGUUUCUGUAAUAAUUAGCUUUUAUUUGGAAGCGAUAGCGUAUAGCAUUUUUUAUGCUGUUUCUUUUAUAUCUGUCCACUGCUAGCAGUGCUCUUGCUAAGCUGUACACUGUUUUAAAGUGUCCUGGUUGACAGAAAAUGUGAUAACAAUUGGCAUUCUCGAUAGUUCCAUAUCUUACCAUUACAAAGAAGCCUAACAGAAUAACCAAUCAAUUAACCUUCCCGUGUUAAUUUUCCUAGCAUUCAGCUCCUUUGUUGCAUAUGUGUUAAACCCUGAAAAACUUUUAGCACUGAAAGGUGCUUCACUUCUCCCAAGAGCCACCGUGUACUUGUAGGAUAUGACCAAAAGCACAUCCACAUUUGCUAACCCAUGGAAAUCAUUCAAUUUACUUUAACGUUUAUGCUCCUAAACAUGCCUGUUAGGAAGCAAGCCCAUUCAACUCAGUGAGACUUAUUUCUGAGUAAACAUGUUUAGGAUCCGGCUAUAAGAGUAUACACACAGGAAUAAGUUGGGUAUAACAAGUGUUCCCAUUAUCAAUAGAGCAAAACUAGUUGUGUGUCUAUAGCUAAAACUAGCUACAAAAAAAAUUAAAAAUGAUGGAGCAAUUCAGUACAUCAAGUUUUGAAAAUGAAUAUUAGGCUAGCUAAGGGUUUUAUUAGCUUGAUGUAAGAUUUCUGGGUCUUAGAAGUCUGUGGAAGUGCAAGCAGGCAGUGAUCUGAACUAAAAGGCUUUGAAAUAGGAACUAAUGGUCUUCAUCAAAUUUGGACCACUUGAAUUACUGCCCACUUCCUCUCACUGAAGGCAGAUUUAGACAUUGCCCUUGACAAAAAUGGCGUCUCCAGGUCAAAUAUUCCCCCUAUCACUACAUUUUGGCACACAACCUAUAGUGUGACAGCACAGUUUCCUUGGCCCAGCAAUGGGGGGGGGGGGAGACGUACAAUGAUGUCAUGAGGAUGGGUGUGCCUAAAUGUUACUGAGGGGUAUGGGAGAAUACUCCACAAGGGAUUGCUACUUUCAGUGACAGGUCCAUAUUAAGUAUAACAAUGGGUUCCCCCUUGUAUCUCUGCAACCCCAAAAUAAAGGCAGAGGACAACAGAGGCCGGUUUAUUCACUUGUUCUUUCAUAUUUUAAAUAUAAAAUUUCAACCAACUAACUUGUUCUUUAAAUAUGUGCAGAAAGGGGGAAAUAUUAAUGGAAUCCUUUUAUAUCAGAAGUUUCCUACAGGCACUGGGGAAAUAGUCCUAACUUUACAAAGCAAACAAGUUGAUUUGUAGAGCAUCCUAGCAAACGACUCACUAUUAUACUGCAAAGUUGAACUGUGCAGAUGCUUAUUUUUAUUUGCUUUAGAACUAUAGAGGUGAUAUCCAGUGGCAAGUCAUCCUUGGAGCAGUGGGUCUCCUCCAGGUAUGACAAGCAUUAGAUAUUGCCCUAGGUGUGUGCGUGCACUUCAGGGAAACUAUAACACACCUAUCGGUUAAACCUUACAAAAAAAAUUGAUGUUAAAUGUGUCCUAUGGACUCACAAGGAGAACUUUAAAAACAUACAUGUUGUCUCUUUCUGAUUGUAAAGAUCCAUUUUACUAAUAUGCUUUGUGUGCCAGGUAUGUGUGAUAGGAGAAAAUGAGUUUUGAAUGUCAGUAAAUUAUCCCCAACACAAACUGCAGCCACAUUUAAACAGUAUUGCUGACUGAAAAUUUGUAUGAAUGGGGUGAAAGUUGUGGGAUUAGUUUUGCCAAUCGAUAAAGCUUUGUGAACAAUUUUUUUAAGAUAAAAAAUUGGUGCCUUGUAUCUAAUUACAUUUUGCAUGGGACACAAGUUUAAUUUUCUCCCCCUCCCAAAUUUGUGUCUUUACAAUACUUUAGUAGUAUUGGCUUUUUUACAUUUCAUAUCUGUAUGUGAAUGGGAAAAAUGGUUCCUACCAGCAACUUGAUGUAUUUUACUGUAUGUGUCUAAAGACUGUAUUUCUAAUAAUGCAAAUGAUUUGCUCAAAAGUAGAUCAUAAUUUUGGUUUUUGUGUUAAAUCUUUGUCAGUAAAAAGUUUUUUCAAAUUAGGAUUAUUCCUCUUGAAGCAAGUACGUCAUAAUUUUGGUGUGAAAGGUUAAGAAUGCCUGGAGCAAUCUGUUGACAAAGCAGUUUGGAAAAGGCUAUGAAAUUGCUGACUGGUGCCUUGCAAAGACAUCCGUUCUCUUCUACCAUGGUACUGCUUCUUUCCCUUUCCAGUUCCUGGGAGGACAAACAGUCCUAUCUUUAUACAGAUAGUAUAUGAUACGUAUGAGUGCUUGAAGCUAAACAUCUAUAUGUAAAGGUGCUUAAUAGAAUCCAGUGAACAUCUAGUGAACAUUGUUUCAUGAUAUCAUGCCUAGCAUUUAGUUUAACUAGCAAUAUCCGUUAUCCUUAAAUAUAGCACCUCAAGUAAGAUAAAGGCAUAUGGUCACUGCUGCAUUGUCAAGCACAUCUUCAAUCAGCCUAAGUCUGACAGACAACUUACAGUGCAGAAUGCAUUGGAACUAUGUAAGUGUAAGCAUAACCGUGGCCUCCAAAUUCAGUUCAGGUCAUGUGGAUGUCAGAAAAAGAGAAAUGCUAAACAUAGCAAUGAUGAUACUGUACAUUGGAUUGCAGAAAAAUUAUGCUUUCUUUUCAUAGAAAAUAUUGGCCGUAUACAAGUAGCAUCAACUGAAUUUAAAAUCAAGCUAGGAUUGCCAUGUUUUAAGUGCACUGAUAUAGAGUGGAAGUAGCCUCACCUUCCCAUUUCUCUCUCUCUCACACACACACUCCUUGUAUCCAUCCUCCCACUGCCUAUAUAGUUAGGUGUCCUGUUCACUACUGCACAAAACAGGUGUGAAAGCCUCAGCUUUCAAUGUACAAUUCUCAUCUUUAGCGUUGCAACCAAGCACCUUUGUGUGUCUUUCAGCUUCUAUUUUCUUUUGACUUCAUUCAAUCCAAAAUAACUAAUACUCCAAACAAUGUCAAUGAAACAAGACUUAGGAAAAAAAAUUAAAGGUUAGAACUAAACACACAGCUUGUUAGCUGUUCAAUAUUUAAGGAAAGCACCAUCUUGUAAUCAAACUUGCAAAACUUAACAUGAAAAGGCUUUUAGAUCCCAUUGACAGUUUCUGAUAUCAUAGAUGUGUGAUGUAAUGUAUGGUGUAUCAUGUCCACUGGGGGGAAGGGACUUGACAACCUUAGCAGCAGAGGGCAUGUGAGCUGGAGAUCAGCACUGUGCAGGCACACAGCACUGAGCUAGCAGCUUCCACCACCCACUGGUAAGGGCAUCUGGUCCCAUUUCCCAUCAGUCAGUACUGUCAGCCUCUUAUUUAACCACCAGUGGCAGAGAUGGUCUUGACCAGAAGCAUGUAUAGGCCUCAUGGUUGACUACAGCAUAUUUGGCAAAGAAAUUUUAUGUUACCGAAUCGCAUAAUUUUAGGCGUUUUUGCUUGGUCCAGCUUUCAAAGGCAAAAGUAGAUUACUAUAACUAAAUAUUGAAUUAAAAGAAACUCUGCUACGCUUAAGUUCACAUAUAGCAAAUGCAUUGCACAGUGGGCACUGGUUGCACCUCAAAAUGUAAACCGAAUCACAUGUACACAGAAACAAGUUCCACUGAAGAUGAGUAUGUAAGUCUAGCCAGAAAACGAGAACAAAUUUCUGCCACUACUUUUAAAAAUGGUCACCACAAAAUGUUUUUAAAACAAGUGUUCUGAAAAUUCUUGAUUAGAUUUCAGAAUUUUAACAUGCACAAAAUCAGAUCUCUGAAAUAGCACCUUACAGUAGUAUAAUCUCUACUUCACAAAAGUUCUUUACAUAGGUACAUAAAUUUGCCACAGCUCCCCAAAGCCAUACACUUCUGAUUACAUUAUUUUAGCAGUAAUUUAAGGUAUAGUAAAAAAAAGUAUACAGUUUUGUCUUAAAUGCAGAUUUAUGGCUACUAGUAAUUUGCAGGGGAACUUUAAGGCAAUGCUGACUGCAGUUAUACUUGUAGCUACUGAUUGUUUGGUGUUGAUCACUUAGCCGCACUCAGGCAAUGGUUAAGACUGCCUCAGCUCCAAAGGGGUUGGAGGUAGGUAGUGAUGGAGGACAGAUCGAUAUAUGAGCAACUGAUUUUACCCACUCACUGCAUAAAUGUUACUGAAACACAGCUACUCAUCUUUUACAUUUUGUAUUGAACUGGGUUUAAUAGUUUAUAAAUAAAAAGGAUCAAGAGGUGUGUUAUAAACAGGUACAAAACUGUAAGUUGGAAUUUUUGCUAAAUAUACUGAAUAAUAUGUUCUUUCUACUCAAGAAUGUGUGUCAUAGGACUUGGGCAGACACCAUCCCCACAGGGCCAAUGAUUUCAUUCCCCCUUGGUGACAACUGAAGUCUCAUUUACUCCUUAGGAUUCAACUACCUUUUAUCUCCAUAUGGGAAGGAGGAAUGGGUGGCUCUAAUGAACAAACACAAAUCUAUUGUUAAAGGGAACUUUAAAGAGAGACAUUGUAAUGAUGAUGACGUUCUUCUACAAGACCAACAGCGUUCCAGCCCAUAUGAUUUAAAAAACAAACCAACAAACAAGUGGUUUCCUGUUAACCUCAGAGGCAUUAUAGAGCAGUCCAAGACACCAAAAUGCUAUGCAACACCAAACAGUUCCUUUUCCACAUACAAUAUACCAUCAUAAUUACAAUACCACACAACUCUUUAUGCUGGCUGAAAAUUGUUCAUAAGUAAAGGGUCACCUAGGCCUUUUAAAAAUGUAUUUUCCCUUUGAAUAGUUAACAUGUCCUACUUAAAAACACAGGACUGGGGCUUGUUACUUCUUUAAGUGUGAAAUAUGAAUCAUGUUUUUAUGAUUUUUGUAAAUCUUUACUCUUUUUACCUUGUUUUUGUAAGCUGAAAUUUCCUAUUAAAAUGAAAAAGUCCAGUGC